GAUCCAAACGCGAGCCCCCGCGCGCUGCGCCUGGCCGGCCUUGCUCGGCGCCGAGAGUGAACACAGAGCUAUUCGUUCGCGAAGAGACGCGCCUCUGCCGCCUUCGUCCUCGUUGCCGAGUUCGGCUGUCGCGCUUUUCUCUCGGGCGGGACGGAGCAUCGCGGCCCGAGGAAUCGCCACUGGGAGGGAGCCCAGCAAAACACACUCGGAACAGCGGGCAGCAACUCAGGUCCUUUUUCUCUGCUGUUUUUAUGGCGUUUCCUUUAUUUGUUACAUUUCUGUACCGCCCUCGCCCGAGGAGCACAAGGCGGGUUGCGAUAGGAAACACAAAAACGCGCCACCUCCGAACAAACGAAACCGGGCGGCGGAGGGGGGGCCUUUUCGCCCCGCGGGAGCCGGCCUUGCUUAGCUGGGCGCCCCAGUAUUUUACCCAAGGCGCCCGCGUCCGGCCCAGCGGGAUCAGCCUGCCCCCCCCCGGCAGACCUCCCGCUCCGCCCAGCGGGCAGGGGGGCCUGGAGCAGAUCCGCCAGCCUCGCCUGUCGCCCCCUGAUCCCAGAGCCACGAAGGACCCGACUAUCCGGUUCCACGAAAUGGGCCCGUUCCCUCGCCCUGCGCGCACGCGCCCCCGGGGGAGCAGACCGGUCUGAGGCUGUGAGGCGAGGCGGGGGCGGUUCUCGGCGCCGCCGUCUCGGGCCAAGGAGGCUUGCCAGGGCGCAGCCGGGAGAGCUCGGCCUUGGCGGCAGGUGCUUGAGGGGAGCCUUCCGAAGCGGGCUCCGAGCCCCGGCUCCGCCGCCCCCGGCCGGCCCUGGCCAGGCUCCGCUCCCUCCCUCCCUCCCUGGGCCGCCCUCCCGCCAUCUUCGGAGUUUUGACGCAGCCCUCACCGCAGCCAGAGGAGGAGCGACCGGGCCAGGAAGGGGAGGCAGGAGGCCGCGCUCUCGCUCGGAGCAGGCGAAGGAGGAAGAGGAGCCACCGAGCGAGCGAGCGAGCGAGCGCAACAGGUAGGCGCCGGCUGCGCGCCCGCCCAGGCCUCUGCCUCUCGCUGGCUGCAGCAGGCCGCCUUUCGGGGCGCCGGCCAAGGGCCCCUCCGAGGGCCGAGCGCCUCCCCGUCUUGCGCGGCCUCCCUUGGCCGCCGGUGCCUUCGCUUGGGCCGCCGCUCUCCGGCCCCCGGGCGCUUGGGGCAGCUGGAAGCCUCGGCCUGGCCCCCGAAGGCCUUUCUCGCGCUUCGUAUUGAGAUGCCCUUUUCUGUCGUGUUCGAGAGCGGCGCGGCACAAAAGGUACCUCAGUUUAAAUGCGGUUAAAAUGGGUCGGAGGUCCCUGUGAGAUAAAGGACGGGGAACGACGGCAGGAAGAGCAUAUUCUGGUCGCCCGCUUCCCACAUGUGUGGAACCGCGGCCCUGUUCAUUCCGGCAUCUUUCCUCGGGUGGCAAUGAGACGAGGGAACAAGGCAAGGAAACAGGCAUUUAUAUUUUCAAAGAAGCAGUAAGUUUCUUUUAUUUAUUGAGAUUAAGCCUCAUUUUAAAAAUGUAUAGACUGGAAAGUAUCGUCGAACAUAAAGGGAGGCAUGCAUAAGGAUUCUGAUAGUCAAUUAUUGGAAGUCCUUGCCAAACCAGAUCAUCAGAAUUAUAUUCUAUUUUUUAAAAAAUGGAAACCACCAUGGUGGUAGUAACAGAAAAUGAGAUUUGCCAGGAGUAGAAUGACUGUAUCCUAUUGAUCAUGAUGAUCAACAGUAGCUGAAGGUGUGGUGUAUAUUAGGGAAGAUCUUUAAGAGUUAAAUUUGUAUUUUUGCAAUCAUGGGGAUUUUUUUGAUGUAGAGCUCACACCUUUUCUACAGGUGAUUAUGAACAAUAUGGAGAAGAAGUUGUGGUUCUGAGUUUACACUUGGAUAUAAUGGCUUGUGGUGCACAGAGCCUGUCUUGUCAGUGUUCAGAAUGCAAUCCAGGGCUUUUUUUUCAUCCAGAACUUGCCAGAACUCAGUUCCAGCACCUCUCAGGUGGCCACCAUUGUCAUUAUAAGAAAACUAUGGAUUUGUUGUGAGUUCCAGCACUACUUUUUCUAGAAAAAGAACACUGGCAAUAACAUUUUAAAAUUGUAAGGAAGCAGAAAUACAGUAAAGAUGGGGCAAAAAGGUUCUCCCCCCUCCCCAGCUGUCAUUUCAGUGUCAGUGAUUGGUUAUUUCAGUGUCACCUGCAACCAAAAGGUCUGGAAACUUUAUUUUUGAAACAUGAAAGACAACAUUACAGUACUAAUAUUCAAAGUUCCUUAUGACUUGCGUGUCAUAGGUUUCCCAACAAAGGGGGAAUGUGUCUGUUUCCCUCAAAAAUGAAUAGUAAAUCAUUCAAACCCCCCCCCUCCAUGAAUAGAACAACCUUAACAGGCAUAAUGAGAAUUAGCAUUUUGCAAAUCUUCCAGAUUUUACAGCUGAAACACGAUUUGUACUAAUCAUACAAUACUAUUUUGGCUUUUGCAUUUUGUGUAAUCGUACUUAACUGUAUUCUUCAUAUAAGAUGCUAUUCUUUGAUGAGAACAGAUAUAAAGAUCAAUAAAAGGUCAUAUUUAAACAUAAUAAAAUGAAGGAAAUGGUGAGGGUGAUCUUAUGAUCUCGCCACAUCAGAGUUGUACCUAAUAGUAAAGCCAACUGCAUAGGCGCUGUAGAAACUAUAAUUAACCCAUCAGCAAUCAGCAAACGUCCACAGUAUUCCUGGUUACUACAGCACCACCCACCAAUCAUGGCAUGCACACCUGAGCAUGCUGCAACAACAAUAGCUAUGUAACAGAAGCUGCAAUCCACGCUCUUUUGUCUCCGGCAUGAUGGUUGCAGAGUAUGAAUCCAAAACAUGAGUUUUGCCUUGAUUCCACAUUUUCCCAUGGUGGGAUUUAAAUGAAAUCCUAUUUCAGUGCUUUUCUAUUGACCUACCAAGGAAGACAUGGGCUUGUUUCCAAUGAGUGUGCAGUUGUGGUACCCCUUGUUGAUUCGUUGUCAUGGUGUCUUGCUACCCCUGCACAGUGGUGUUAUGGGGCUCAUAGACCUUGAGGUUGUAUUUAUCUAAUUUUGAGACCUGCUAAGGAACAGAUGAUUGUUAUUAUGUCCUGAUAUGUAAAACCACAGAAUUCAAAGAAAGUGUACUUUCUUUUCCCCAUGACUGUCUACUCAUGGUGGACUCACUGAAAUAAUCCUGUCCCGUCUAUUAAUUUCAUUGGUUUACUCUGAGUAUGACUAACAUUGGAUAACAUGGAAACUAAAAACAGGAUAGGAAGAGAGUUCUGCUGUCUAAACUUUCCUGAUACAGUACUUUUGAGAGGCAGACCCACAUAGAGUAUGUUACACUUGGUCAGUUUGAAUUGACCAGGGCAGGGGACGGCAAGCUUUACCUUGCCUGGGCCAGUUCACUCCAGCGGAGAUCCCUCCACGGGCCGGAUUGCUCAUGUUCCCGUGAUUUCCGGCAUCUGCGCAUGUGCAGAUGCGAUUUCCAGCGCCACAGAAGCGAGCCCCCGGACCACGCUGUGCCGGUUUAGCGCAGUGUGUGGGGACUCACCGAGAGGGCAGCUCAGUUCGUGGGCCAGUUAAAACAACCCCCAUGAGCUGUUUGUGGCCCAUGGGCCUUAGGUUGCCUACCCCUGGACCAGGGCAUCUGUGGUAGUGAUCAAAUCUGCUUUAACAAGCCAAAGUUCUGCUUGCUACAGUUGCCAUGUGAGGAUCUGGCACCAAGGACAGGCCCACAAGGAUUCCUAAGCUGUGGACCUUAUCUAUCACUCCUCCCUAUUCAGCUGUCCUACUGACCAGUCACCUGCCUGUCUUGCCAAAGUUAAGCUUCCAUUUUAUUAGCUCACAUCCAGUCCAUUAUUGCACUCAAAACACCACUUCAAAACAUCCAGAGUUUCCUCAAUAUGAAAUUAAAAAGAGAGAAAGUUGGCUAUCAUCCACAUAUUGCUGAAAACUAAUUCCCAAAGCUACUCCCCGUAGUUUUAAGAAGCAUAACAGAAUCAUAGAAUUGUAGAGCUGAAAGGAAUCCCGAAGGUCAUCACUUCCAAUCCCUUGCACUGCAGAAAUUACAGCUAAACAUUCAGAUGGCCAUCCAACCUCUGCUUCAACACCUCCAACGAAGGAGAGGCCAUCACAUUCCAAAGUAGUCUGUUCAACUGUUAAACAGCUCUUACUGUCAGGAAGUUCUCCCUAAUGUUGAGUCGGAAUAUAUUUUCUUGUAACCUGAAUCCAUUGGUUUGGGUCCUACGGAGAAAACAAGCUUGCUCCAUCUUCCAUGUUACCGACCUUUAAAUCAGGCUUCCUCAAACUCGGCCCUCCAGAUGUUUUUUGGCCUACAACUCACAUGAUCCCUAGCUAGCAGGACCAGUGUUCAGGGAUGAUGGGAAUUGUAGUCUCAAAACAUCUGGAGGGCUGAGUUUGAGGAAGCCUGCAUUAGAUAUUGGAAGAUGGCUUUCAUGUCACCUUUUAGCCUUCUCUUCUCUGGGCUAAAUAUGCCCAACUCCCCCAACUGAGUCCGAUCCUCAUAAGGCUUGGUUUCCAGACCCUUGGCCAUCAUGGUCUAACUCCUCUGUGCACAUUCUAGCUUGUCCACAUUGUUCUUAAACAGUGGUGCCCUGAACUGGACACAGGACUCCAGGUGGAAUUACAGUGGUACCUCAGGUUAAGUACUUGAUUCGUUCUGGAGGUCCGUACUUAACCUGAAACUGUUCUUAACCUGAAGCACCAUUUUAACUAAUGGGGCCUCCCGCUGCCGCCGCACCGCCGGAGCCCGAUUUCUGUUCUCAUCCUGAAGCAAAGUUCUUAACCUGAAGCACUAUUUCUGGGUUAGCGGAGUCUGUAACCUGAAGCGUAUGUAACCUGAAGCGUAUGUAAUCUGAGGUACCACUAUAUAGGGGUGGUACUAUGACUUCCCUUGAGCUGGACACAGUGCUUAUGUUGAUGCAGCCCAGAAAAACAUUGUUGAUUUGUGCUAUGUCUGCCGGGUGUCGGUAACCUGGGCCAGUUCUUUGGUUACCUCUCCACCAACUGCAACAUUGUCCUGGUAGCCCACAAAUGGCAAUGAUGAGAGGAUAUGUGAAGCCUGUGGUAUCUUGUGCCUCUCUUGGCCAGAGAAGCUGUAGUCAUUCAGUCAAUGAGAUAGCUCAGGAUGAGAAGCACCACUGAGGGUCUGAAAGAUCAUGGUGUCGCCAUUUAAUGUUCCCGUGUGAUUCAGUUAUUGGUAUAUUUCUUAUGUACAUCAAUUGGUGUUUUAGUACUGUAGCUUCUAUAUGUCUCAAGAGAUUUGACCCUCUUAAUCUAUUAUUGUUCCAAUUGAAUUAAUCCUUUCAAUUUUUCCCUAAUAAUGUUCUCUUCCGAAUCGAGGGGUGUGUGUGUGUAAUUUCUUGCCUGUGUGUUCUCUCUUUUAGUAGAUGCAAAGCAUUAUGUUGGAUGAAAUCAAGUUGCCUCACUUCUUGCAAGUUUCAUAAAUCACUUUCAAGGGUCAAAAAUUUGUUUGCUUGAGAAGUAACCUUCGAACUGAUUUCAAAAACUCCUAGGCAUCCGCCUUCUCUCGGAAUCUGCUCUAUCACUUCCAAAUAGCAUUUCAUUAACAUAGAUUUCUCUUUUCUUUUUUUUUUAUAAGAUAUUUAUUAAGGUUUUUUGAAAUAUUACAGUGAAAAUGAAAAUGAAAAAGAAAAGAGAAAAAUACAAAAUAAAAACAGUUAAAAACACACAUAUUUUCUAUUACUUAUUUUCCUUUAGCUUGUUUCCCGGACCUCCUGGUACCUCCCUUUUUUGUAUUCCACUUCAAUUUAUUGGUUCAGCAAAUCCUUACCAUUAGAUUUUAACACAUGUAUAACCCUUUUUCAUAUUCUCUUAGAGCAUUACAGCUGGAAACCGCUUAAUUACUAUCCAACAUCAUUCUAUCAUUCAUUAAUUUUACAAUAUUUCUGUAAAUAGUCUUUAAAUUUCUUCCAAUCUUCUUCCACCGGCUCUUCUCACUGGUCUCGGAUUCUGCCGCAUUAACAUAGAUUUCUCCCCCUAAAUGGCAGCUGCAGAGGCUACAGUGAGGGAGAAUGGUGUCUGUGUUCCUUAGCCCUCCUGCCAUGGUUCAGUAUCUGAGGCUGAUGAAAAGGGAAAGGCAGAAAUUGCUAUUCUGCUUACAGAUCAAAGCAGAAAAGCAACAACUGGGUUCUGCUAAAUCAGCCACAUAUGGGAACACCUUGGUUUAGGAUUGUAGAAUCGUAGAGGUGGGAGGGAUCCCAAGGAUCAUUGUUGGUGGUCUGUGGACCCCAAGGGGUUUGUGGCACCGUUCACAUAACAAAAACUACCAUAGAGAUGGCAAAAUUUUCUAAAGUACUUAGCUAAUUGGGAACCACUGAUUUAGUUCAACCCCCUGCAAUGCAGGAAUCUCGACUAAAGUUGGAUGGCCAUCCCUAACAGAUGGCCAUCUAACUUCUGCUUAAAAACCUCCAAGAAAGGAGAGUCCACAAUCUCCCAAGAGAGUCUGUUCCACUGUCUAACAGCUCUUACCAUCAGAAAGUUCUUCAUGGUGUUUAGCUGAAAUCUUCUUUCUUGGAGCUUGAAGCCAUUGGUUCCAGUCAUACCCUUUAGAGCAGGAGAAAACAAGUGUUUUGCAUCUUCCAUGUGAAAGCCCCUGAGAUAUUUCAAGAUGGCUAUCAUAUCUCCUCCCAGUCUCUUAUUCUGCAGGUUAAACAUACCCAACUCACUCAACCAAUCCUCAUGAGACUUGGUGUCCAGACCCUUGAUCAUCUUGGUUGCCCUCCUUAACCAAGAAUAGUUGAAGUCAUGUUGUUGCUGGACCUUCUCCUUUUCCUGUAUCCAAUUCCUCCCUCACCUGGGACACGGGUGGUGCUGUGGCCUAAACCACCAAGCCUCUUGGGCUUGCUAAUCAAAAGGUGGGCAGUUUGAAUCCGCGUGAUGGAAUGAGUUCCUGUUGCUCUGUCCCAGCUCCUGCAGACCUAGCAGUUCGAAAGCGCGCCAGUGCAAGUAGAUAAAUAGAUAUCGCUGCAGUGGGAAGGUAAACAGCGUUUCUAUGCACUCUGGUUUCUGUCAUAGUGUCUUGUGCCAGAAGUGGUUUAGUCCUGCUGGCCACAUGACCCGGAAAGCCGGCUGUGGACAAACGCCGGCUCCCUUAGUCACCUUUGACUGGACUUAACCGUCCAGGAGUCCUUUACGUUUACUUUACCUCACCUUCAAAAUAAGGCGUUUAUAGAUUGUAGCUUAGAGACAUUGAUUCAUUUAUGCUAACCCUUGAAAAGAAAUAUAGUUGCAAUAUUUAGUCUUGUUCCAAGUUGUUCUUUUGUGUUUUAAUCUCCGCCUUUUACUGUUUUUCAUCAUUCCACAAUUGGUCCCAUUCUCCGUUUAUGGAAAGAUUUCCAGUUUCCAGGCUACAUCAUAUACCCAGUAAAAAUCCCAUUCCCCACACCUUGUCAAUUCAGCAUCAUAGAAUCAUAGAGUUGGAAGAGACCACAAGGGCCAUCGAGUCCAACCCCCUGCCAAGCAGGAAACACCAUCAGAGCACUCCUGACAUAUGGUUGUCAAGCCUCUGCUUAAAGACCUCCAAAGAAGGAGACUCCACCACAUCUUUAUCGGUGGUAUAGAAUUCUGUAUAGUUUGUUGUCAGGCAUGUUAGCUAAAGGGGGUAUACUUUGGUUUUGCUUAGCAGGAGCUGAGUGACAUCCUGCCCUUGCUGCAUUAUUCAUGGUCCAAUGUUGUUAUGUUGCAGAUGGCUGAGAGCUAGGAAGAACCAUUCCAGAGCAGAAUGACUCACAUUCCCACAGCCAUGAAUGGUAAGGAGCUCUUGUGUAGGGUAUCCUCUGAGGAGGAAGAUCUUUUGUCUUUCUCGUAUAUUACAGUAUUAUUGAAUAAUUCUAAGAUUGAUAUGCCUCAGAAUUUUGGUAAAUUUUCUGAAGACUAUCUACUUUUGCCUACAGAAUUUUGUUCUGUGUGUUUUCCAUGAUCCUUCUGCCGGAGCUUAUAGAGGGCACCAUGAGCUGCCUGAAGCAGCUGCUAAUUUUACUGUAUUUUAAGGCUUGAAACAUCCCCUGUGAACAGUGUGACAGCCUUCGGAGCUCUUCAGCUGUGAGUGGCAAGCUGUGUCCUUGGUUAUCAGGCCAUGUCACAUAAAUGGUACCUCCCCACCCCCCAAAAAAGGUUAUGAAAGGCUUGUAGACAUUCUGUUGCUUAAGGUAAUAAGUGUAGUAUCCGAAAACAUGUGCAAAGCAAUCCUGUUCACGUUUACAAGAAACUAAGCCCGACUGUGUUCAGUGAGAAACCUCGUAAGUAGGGAAAUUGUUAAUGUUUAAUAUUUUAUUGUGUUUUUAUAUAUGCUGGAAGCCGCCCAGAGUGGCUGGGGCAACCCAGUCUGAUGGGUGGGGUACAAAUAUAAUAAGAAUAAGAAUAAGAGUAAUAAGUUUAGGAAUACAGUCUUAAAAUCAAUUUUUUAAAGACAUAAUAUUUCAUGAUAAAUGCUUUUCACAUCAUUUAAAUUGCUCAUCUAAAAGCAUUUAUUUUGAAUACAGAUUUGAUAUUUACAUAUUAGUUUAUCAUCCUUUUGAUUUUGUUUGUAGAAGGAAAGAAAAUAGUUUUACAGCCGCUGAAUUUGCUGUGGAAGUCCAGUAAGAACCAAAAAUGGAAUUUCAGGAUAAGCUCAUUAAACCCUUGAAGCUGGUAAAAUUAAAUUUAUUUCACUGUUGCAGAUAUUUAGAACAGAGAAGUUAAGAUAGGCUUGAGGAUAAGUAAAAAAAUUGCUACCUCAUGCAAAUGUUUUCCCACAUGUGAGCAGUGUAAAAUAUUCUGCUAGCUGCAAGGCUGCAUUUACUGCAUGAAGUAUUAAAGCAUGCAAUUUGUUUCUCUAAAUAACUCAGAAGUUUGUGAAACAUUCUCAUGUUUUUCCAUGCAUACUUAAUCUCUUCACACUGACCAUUACCACUUUUGAAGCUUGCAUAAUUGGCUGUCUUUAUUUUAUGAUUGAAUAAAACACUUUUAAAUAAUGAUUUAGGAAGUUUUAAUACUUUUUUUAAUACUUAAAAAGGACUUGCAACUAGAUAUUAACUCAACCUGUGUAAAAGUAAUGAGUCUGCAGAGUGAUCUUGUAUGAGGUUAAAUCCUUGAUCUCCCAGCCUAAGGAUAGCCAACAGGACAUCCUCAGGAUGUUGGACCAAAACUCCCAUCAGCCUCCAUUAACAUGGUCAGUAUGUCAGGCAUGAUGGUUGUUGAAGUCCAGCAAUGCCCAUGGGGCACCGUCUUGGCUACCUUUGGUCUUGCACAAUGCUCUCUCUUCUGCCCAAGGGGUCAUUUUCACUGGAGAGGCCAGGCGCUGAACCUUGGGUGGGUGGAGAGCCCCUGAGCCUUGGCUGCUGCUUCUGUACUGAACAUGGGUUCACCAUAUACACCAGUUGAGACACACACAGGAGGAAAUGGCUGAAAUUUGUUAUUAGAUUAUGUUGGGCCAUUCUAACUCGCAGAGGCAUUGUCACUUCCUGAACAAGGGUUGGUUCCUUUUUUCCUGCCAAUGUGUCUUUAACGGUUGCAUAAUCAGCAGAAAUUCAACAGAAAACUUUCUUGGGCUUAAAGUCACGAUGGCAGGGAAGUCUGUCUUUCUGAUGUAUUCCUGUUAAAGGCACAAGGACCAUGACAGAAAAAGGGGGUGACCCUAUCCUAUCCCUUUGGUGAAGGAAAAAGAGAGCAACUGAUACAGAAUGGCCAGAGUACUUUUCUCCUAGAAUAUGGUGAUUGAGCAGCUGAUAUGAACAGUAGAAGCUUGUGUAAGGUGGACACACUCAAAAUCUUACACUUCUUCCCCUACUCAGCCAUUUCUCUUCAUUUGAAGUAGUCCUUCCUGAAGUGAAGCUUUGGUCUAGCAGAUGUGGCCUUAAGGAUGUGUCAGGCUGGUACUAAAUUAGAGAUAAUUGCAGCAUUAAUUAGUUUGAUCAGUCUUAGAAUUGGAAGGGACUUUAGAGAUGAUCUAAUUCAACCCAGUGCAGGAUACAACUACAGCAUCCCUGACUGGUGGCUGUCCAGCCUCUUCUAAAUACUCACAGUGAAAGGGAGUUGACUACUUCCCAAGGCACUCUGUUCUACUGUCCAGCAGCUCUUUAUCUUAGGAAGUUUCUCAUAAUUUGCAGCUGAAAUUGGCUUCUCUGCAACUUCUACCCAUUGGUUCUUGUCCUGGCUUCUGGAGCAACAGAGAGCAUGAACUGCAACACUUCAGAAAUUUAAAAAGCUCUGUGAUAACGUCACUGUAUUUUUUUCACUGCCUGCUAAAAACAUUAUUGAUUAGACAUGUCUACCCAGAUGCUCAGAAAGCCAAGGCAAUUUUAAUCUGUUUUAAUAUUUUAACUUCUGUACAUCUUAAAGUAGGUUUGUACAUUUUUCUUUAUUUUGCUGUUUUAUCUUUGUGUAAACCAUGAAUAGAUGUGGCUCUUAACCUUGUAGGGUAUGCAGCAUUCCAGCCACACAGAAGUCAGAGCUUUCUGCAUCUCUCCCUCUAGGCAAGCUAGAGGUGCAACCACAGUUCAGCAUGAACAUGGAUCAGGGCCCACGAGAGAAGUGGCCUGUGGAGAGUCCUGGAGGCUGGGAGAAGGAGGGGCUGCGGGUGGGGAGCUCCAUUUGGCCUCCAGGCUGGGAGCUCCCACCUUCAAUCUGGGAACAAGGCUUCUGUUGAUGCAGUCUAAGGUGGCAGUGGCUUUUAAAGAACAGCCACCCACUGCUAGUUUAUGUUCAGAUUAUUUUUUUAAAAAAAAAAGACUAAAAAUUGUGCACACAGUAAAUCAGAUCUUCAAAAAAUAAUGUUUAUUGUUAAUAUUAUCUUAAGCAGUGAAGAUGACAGCACCAUUUUAGAAGCAUUCUUCCUUCUCACACAGAUAUGAAAGGAAGGUCUCUUCUAAGAUGAUGACUGCUCUGACACAUGUGUUGCAUCACCAAAAGCUAAAGUCAGUAUGCUUCUUGUGACAGAAAUGCUGCCACAGCGUAAAUGCAAGUUUAAUCAAUACAGUGGUACCUAGGUUUUUGAACGUAAUCUGUUCUGGAAGAGCGUUGGACUUCCAAAACAAUUGAAAACUGAGGCGCAAAAGACGGGCUACCAAUUCAAUAGAGAAAAUUGUAAAAUAACAGAUAGACGCAGUGGAAGCCAUUUGACUUCCGAGGUGCAUUCGAAAAUGGAAGCAUUUACUUCUGGGUUUUCGGCGUUUGAAAAACAAAACAUUUGGCAAUGGAGAUGUCCAAAAACCAAGGUACCACUGUAAAUUUUAAUAGCCUAAGGCUUCAAUCCUAAUCCCAUCUACCUGGGAGUAAAUUGAAUUCACUAGGAUUUACUGCUGAGUACACAUUGUUAGGAUUGUGCUUUUAGAAUCAUUAUGGGUUGGAAGGUAUCCCAAGCGUCAUCUGGUCCAUGGGUAGGCAAACUAAGGCCUGGGGGCCGGAUCUGGCCCAAUCGCCUUCUCAAUCCGGCCCGUGGACGGUCUGGGAAUCAGUGUUUUUACAUGAGUAGAAUGUGUCCUUUUAUUUAAAAUGCAUCUCUGGGUUAUUUGUAGGGCAUAGGAAUUGGUUCAUUUUUUUUCUUUCAAAAUAUAGUCCGGCCCCGCACAAGAUCUGAGGGACAGUGGACCGGCCCCAUGCUGAAAAAGUUUGCUGACCCUUGAUCUAGUCCAACCCCCUGCAAUGCAGGAAUCUCAGCUAAAGCAUCCAUGAUAGAUGGCCAUCCAACCUCUGCUUAAAAUCCUCCAAGGAAGGAGAGUCCACAACCUCUCGUGGGAGUCUCUUCCACUGUAGAACAGCUCUUACUGUCAGAAAGUUUUUCCAAAUGUUUAGUCGGAAUCUCCUUUCUUGUAACUUGAAGCCAUUGCCUCAAGUCCUAUCCUCCAGAGCAAGAGAAAACAAGCAUGCUUAUACAUUUCAAUCACGUUGCAGCCCAAUUUAUAAGGUCAUGAGCUGAUAGCUAGUGCCUAUUUGGAAUGGUAGGAUUGAGCAAGAAAUAAAUAAAAUACUGAAACACUUCUUGUUCUAAAUUCAUGAUCUUGAGAAAGAGAGAGAGAGAGAGGAGAAAAAGGAGAAGAAAAUGAGAUAAGAGUAACUGUCUUCCAAAAAUCAUUUGAAUGGUAGGGAUUUUUAGGAUGGUGUUUGAGCAUACGUAGAUCAUACGUAAAUAAUGUUUAACUGAAAAGUCAACAUGGUGAAAGCAUGCCCGCUAAUGCUGUAAAGUCCAUAUAAUUGUGUUAAAGCUGGAAAAAACCUUGAGAGAAUAACAGUCAGCAAAUAACUGUGCAUCUAGGGAACAAGAUACCAUGAAUCAUAAAAGCAUUCCUGCCAAACUGGUGAGGGUAAAGUGUGUUAAAAACUCGUGAGUUAAUAUUAUCACUUAGGAAAUAAAGGUUCAUUUUCCCCCAGUUGACUAUACCCAUUUAAAACUACUUUUUAAAAAAGCAUUCCCUUUUGCUUUCAGGAGGCUCAAACAUUUGGGCCAUCACCUUGGAAGAGAGAAUGAAGUAUGACAAGCAGUUUGACAGCCUUAAACCAGUUGGGGGAUAUGUCACAGGUUGGUGUGUGCUUCUGCAGUGAAUUGCCUUCCUCAUUAUAAUCUGAAGAUUUAAAUCAUGAAUUUGCUCUCAGUUGAAAAUUGGCAUAAAAUGCCUCUUGAAGGAAGCAAGGGGUUCCUCCAGAUUGAUAGCAUUUACAAGUACAGGACGGCCACACCUUACGUGGGGACUCUGUUCCAAGAGUUCAGUGUAUACAAAAAGGUGCAUAUUCAAGCCGCCUCCUUGGAACUUGGUCUUCUACCAUCAGCUGGUGCCCGGAGUGAACCUCACUCCGCAAGUUCCCCACCUUGCUUGGGGUAGGCCUAUUCAGUGCACGGGCUCUGAGAUGCUCUCAUGAGAACUCUCAGGACUGCCCAAGUUCCCGUGAACGAGCAUCUCCAGGCAUCUGGAGCCAAUGUGCUGAGAGGGCCUUGCCUGUAUACCUGAAGGAGCAUCUCCACCCCCAUCGUUCAGCCCAGACACUGAGAUCCAGCGCCGAGGGCCUUCUGGCGGUUCCCUCGCUAUGAGAAGCAAAGUUAUAGGGAACCAGGCAGAAGGCCUUCUCAGUAGUGGCACCCGCCCUGUGGAACGCCCUCCCUUCAGAUGUGAAGGAAAUAAGCAGCUAUCCUAUCUUUAAAAGACAUUGGAAGGCAGCCCUGUUUAGGGAAGUUUUUAAUAUUUAAUGCUGUAUUGUUUUUAACACUCGAUUGGGAGCUGCCCAGAGUGGCUGGGGAAACUCAGCCAGAUGGGCAGGGUUUAAAUAAUAAUUUAUUAUUAUUAUUGUUAUUAUGAGCUUUUCACUUUAGUUUAAAGAGGUAAAGAGUCUAGUCUGUUCAGAAGGGAGUUGGUGCUUGGAAGGAGGCCUGGCUCUGGGUGGUGGUGUGUCUCCAUCCUCAGAUGCAUGCCUUUCAUUCCCCAUGUUCUUCCAGUCAACCCAAUCCUCUCCACCAUUCUUUCAAGCAAGGGUGGUAUACAGAUAACUCAAGGAAUGUGGAUAAUUGGCCCCUGUAUGCUACCUGGAGAGACCAUUCAUAUUGCUUCUCUGCCUGGGGAGUUCAAUAGGGAAGGUUUGCCUCACUUGGCAGGCAAUUAAACCUAAAAUUGGAGAAUCAUGACAGCCUUUUAUUGAUUUUUGGAAAAUUGUAUGUAAGAUUGCUUCUGUUAUGUGAUUUAUGUGUUUGAUUAGAAAGUACUAAUUUUUAUUAGCUUUAUGCAUUUUCACUUGUUUUAGUCUGGACUUUAUAUAAAAUUGGAUAUGCUUAGAUUGUAUUCAUAUUUUUGUAAAACUGUGUAUGUUUAUUUUACUUGGUUGCACUGUGUGUGUGUGUGUGUGUGUGUGUGUGUGUGUGUGGUGUAUAGGGGUAUAUGGGGCAAGGCGCUUCAGCCCCCUCCAUAGUUUGAAGCAGGGGGCCCAAGCAUCUCACCUAUCAAUCACAGCUCUGGCACUCAUUGGCUAAAACUACUGAUAGGCAGGAGCAUCUGGUCUGGCUCCUUCCCCAGAAGUCACUUAGAAGGGUGCGUGCACAUUUUGCUUCAUAACUUUCCUAUAGGAAGCAUAUAUAUAUAUAUAUAUAUAUAUAUAUAUAUAUAUACAUAUAUAAAAUAAAAGCUCAGAGUCUGCUUUCCCUUCUCAGGCACAUAGUGUCCAUGGGCCAAUGUUGGUGACCCUGAUCAAGGAUAUUGUUUGUUCCUAUGUUCACCACUUAGAUAUAGAUACCAGUAGCCCUCAUCGUUCCCUCUGGGUCUUCACGGGGCCCUAAUGGCAGUAGCCGUCACUUUGGAAGCAGAUGAGCAAAGGGAAUCUGGUAUUUCAGCAGGCUGAAGUGGAGCUGUGCUAUGUUCCUGCCGGAAUAGGUGUUUACAAAUACAUACCGUAUUUUUCGCCCCAUAGGACGCACCGGCCCAUAGGACGCAUCAAGUUUUUUGGGGGGGAAAUAAAGAAAAAAAAAUUUAUUUCCCCCCCAGGCGCUUGUGGGGCCGGCAGCGGGGAGAAGCGCUCUUCUCCCCGCAGUCCGCCUUCAGACCAGGUCUGGGGACAGCGGGAAGAUGCGCUGCGCCUCCCAGCUGUCCCCGGAGCUUGCGGGGCAGGCAGCGGGGAGAAGCGCUCUUCUCCCUGCCGCCCACCUUGAGAUCAGGUCCGGGGACAGCGGGAAGAUGCGCUGCGCCUCCCAGCUGUCCCCGGAGCUUGCGGGGCAGGCAGCGGGGAGAAGCGCUCUUCUCCCUGCCGCCCACCUUGAGAUCAGUUCCAGGGACAGCGGGGAGACGCGCUGUGCCUCCCAGCUGUCCCCGGAGCUUGUGGGGCAGGCAGCGGGGAGAAGCGCUCUUCUCCCCGCCGCCCGCCUUCAGAUCAGGUCCGGGGACAGCGGGGAGACGCGCUGCGCCUCCCAGCUGUCCCCGGAGCUUGCGGGGCAGGCAGCGGGGAGAAGCACUCUUCUCCCCGCCGCCCGCCUUCAGAUCAGGUCCGGGGACAGCAGGAAGACGCGCUGCGUCUCCCAGCUGUCCCCCGAGCUUGCGGGGCUGGCGCUGGGGCUCUCCUGAAGCCUGGAGAGCGAGAGGGGUCGGUGCGCUCUCCAGGCUUCAGUGAAAGCCUGCAUUCGCUCCAUAGGACGCACAUACAUUUCCCCUUCAUUUUUGGAAGGGAAAAAGUGCGUCCUAUAGGGCGAAAAAUACGGUAUAUCCAAUUAAUAAUGGCUCUUUCUCAUUGUUAAAAUUUUCAUUGAUUGAUUUGUGAAUCAGAACAUUAAAUCCACUCAGUAAUUUUGCAUUUGCGAUGUCAAAUAGUUGAAGCACUUUGAUAACUUUUAAAAACAUGGUCCAGUAUAUUAAUGAGUCCUUUAAGGAAAAAAUCACCAAUGGAAAGUUGAGAAUUGUAUUAAUGAUGAUGACUCACCUUGUCCCAUUUUUUCUUUCCAUAUAGGUGAUCAGGCACGUACCUUUUUUUUACAGUCGGGUCUGCCGUCUCCAGUCUUGGCUGAAAUAUGGUAAUACAUACAUACAUGCAUGCAUGCAGAUACGUUUAAUAUUGUUAUAUUGAUAGCACAAACGUCUAUAUCUUUACUGAAUAUGUUUAAUGAGGAUUAUAUAAUGAUAAUAAUGAUAAUUUAUUGCUUAUACCCCACCCAUCUGGCCAGGGCUCCCCAGCCACUCUGUGCAACUCCCAACAGAAUAUUAAAAACACAAUAAAACAUCAAGAAUAAAAAACUUCCCUAAUUCAUGAAAUAUUAAAAGCUUCCCUAAACAGAGCUGCCUUCAGAUGUCUUCUAAAACUCAGGUAGCUGUUUAUUUCCUUGACUUCUGAUGGGAGAGCGUUCUACAGGGCGGCUGCCCUCUGCCUGGUUCCCUGUAACUUAGCUUCUCACAGUGAGGGAACCCCCAGAAGGCCCUCAGAGCUGGACCACAGUGUCUGGGCAGAACGUUGGGGUUGGAGAUGCUCCUUCAGGUAUACUGGGCCAAGGUGGUUUAAGGCUUUAAAGGUCAGCACUAACACUUUGAAUUGUGCUUGGAAAUGUACUGGGAGCCAAUAUAGGUCUUUCAGGACCAGUGUUAUAUGGUCUUGGUCGCCACUCCCAGUCACCAGUCUAGCUGCCGCAUUCUGGAUUAGUUGUAGUUUCUGGGUCACCUUCAAAGGUAGAGCACAUUGCAGUAGUCCAAGCGGGAGAUAACCAGAGCAUGCACCACUCUGGCGAGACAGUCUGCGGGCAGGUAGGGUCUCAGCCUGCAUACUAGGUGGAGCUUGUAGACAGCUGCCUUGGACACAGAAUUGACCUGCGUCUCCAUGGACAGCUGUGAGUCCAAAAUGACUCCUAGACUGCGCACCUCCUCCUUCAGGGGCACAGUUACCCCACUCAAGACCAAGGAGUCCCCCCAAAUCUGCCUGCCCCCUGUCCCCCGAAACAGUACUUCUGUCUUGUCAGGAUUCAACCUCAAUCUGUUAGCCACCAUCCAUCCUCCAACCGCCUCCAGGCUGGUUCUGAUUUAAAAGAGAGGUAGAGCUAGGUAUCAUGCGCAUACUGAUGAACACCCAGCCCAAACCCCCUGAUGAUCUCUCCCAGCAGCUUCAUAUAGAUGUUAAAAAGCAUGGGGGAGAGGACGGAACCUGGAGGCACCCCACAAGUGAGAGCCCAGGGGUCCGAACACUCAUCCCCCCAUACCACUUUCUGGACACGGCCCAGGAGGGAGGAGCGGAACCACUGUAUAACAGUGCCACCAGCUCCUCUAGAUGGCCCAGAAGGAUGUGAUGGUUAAUGGUAUCAAAGGCCACUGAGACAUCCAGCAGAACUAGGUAAUAGCUUUCACCUUUGCUGCUAGCCCACCAGAGAUCAUCGACCAGCGCGACCAAGGCAGCUUCAGUCCCAUGAUGAGGCCUGAAUCCCGACUGGAAGGGAUACAAAUGGUCUGCAUCCUCCAGGUGUGCUUGGAGUUGUUCAGCAACCACCCGCUCAAUCACCUUGCCCAAGAAUGGAAGAUUUGAGACCGGGCAAUAGUUGGCCAUAUUGGGCGGGUCUCCCGUUCCAGCCCUGCUCCCAUGGUGGAGUCUACCUCUUUCUGAAUCUGAGCAACUUUAUCUACAAAACCUUUGGAAAAUCAUUGCAGGAGAUCUUGGGGUCCUUACCAGACCCCAGUGGUGAAGGUGGUUCCAUUAGAUUGCGAACCACCUGAAAGAGUGCAUAUGCAACAGAGGUGGUGAAGAAUGUCUUCUUCGCUGUCACUAUCGCCACUUGGUAGGCUUGAUGUUGAGCUCUAACCCAUGUACGGUCCGAUUCAGAAUGAGUUUUCCGCCAUCAGUGCUCUAGCUGUCUCAGCGAUUGUUUCAUCGCCCUCAGCUCUAGGGGAAACCAUGGGGCUGUCUGGGCUCCAUGCUAUCGGAGAGGGCGCUUCGGAGCCAGACAGUUGAUAGUCCUGGUUAACUUCACAUUCCAGCAGGUCAUCAGGGAAUCAGCUGAAAGGCCAUCAACAUGGGUUAGAACAUCCCCUACCACUCUCUGGAAACCAUUUGGAUCCAUUAAGUGGCAGGGGCGGACCAUCCGAAUUGAUCCCACCUCCCUGCAGAGGGGAAGGGUCCAGUUGCACCACACUCCUGUUGCAGUGAGGACUGGACCACUGGCUGUGGUGAAGACUUCAGGGCCUGCUUCCUUGCAAGGCCUUUACCCACUGACCUAGGGGGCGAGGCCCAGGCCCUCACACUUCCAGCUCUAAAGAGACUCCUGCUGCAAUGAGGACUGUAGGGCCCAGUGGGUAGGGCUGGACUCACUGGAACAAACUCUUGGGGAAGGGCCUGGGGUGGGGGUGGGGGUAGUGUUCCACUAUUGCUUCCCUGCUCCAAGUAUCUAAUGUGUUUUAAAAUGUUCUUAAGCUGUCUGUGACAUUUUAAGUUUUUGCUUUUGCUUUGUUUUUGCUCUGUGGGGGUGGGAUAAAUGUUUAGUUGGGGCUGGGGAUUAGUUUAAUUUUAGUAUAAUUGUAAUUUAUUUUUAUUAUUCAAACCAAAUCAAAUACCUUUAUUGGCAUCACAGUAUAAAACGUUUCAAAUCACUGGGAUAAUUAAAAGGACAAGGGUGAAGCUGUCAAGGGUUAUAGGGUAUUAUUAUUAUUAUUAUUAGUUUUAGUGGUUUCUUGUACUGUUUGCAUUUUGUUCUGAAGGGGAAAGGGUCAGUUGCUGCCUUGAAGUGGGCCCCAGCCAACAGAAUGGCUGGGGCUGGUUUGAUUGAGGGUGGGGGGUGGGGGUGGGAUGCACUGGGAAAUCCGAUCUCAGUGAUCACAGGCAGGAGGAGGAGUUACGCUAAGACCAGACCACAUCAUUCCCGAGGAGGCAGGUUUAAUUGUUGUUUGAAGGCUAUCUCUGCCUCCGGGUCUGGUCUCGACUGGAAGGAUACUGGAAUCAACACAUGACCUUAAGGUGCUGCUGUGCAAUGCCAGGUUGAAGAUUCAUAAGAUCACUGCCAUCCAUGACUUGAUCGUGGAUGGAGGACUUGACCUGACAUGUGUAAGAGAGACUUGGUUGGAUGAAGCAGACGGGCCGGUUCUUGCCGCCGCUUGUCCACCAGGUUUCUCUUACGCACAGCAGCCCAGGUCAUAUGUCCAUGGGGAGGGGGGGGGGUUGCAGUGAUUUUUAGGAUUUUUAAGGAUAUGAUUUGUUCCUAUUUUUUUAAUUUUAAUUUUUUAAUUAAUUUCUAUACCGCCCUAUACCUGAAGGUCUUAGGGCGGUUCACAUAACAUAUCAAAUACAUGAAAUUAAAACAAUAACAAUAACCCAAUAACCCUCCCCCCCCCAAAAAAAGAGCCAGCAUUUUAAAAAGUGUUAUAGGAUGUAGAUCAAGUCAGGCAAAGGCCUGGUUAGAAAGGAACAUUUUGCCUGGCGUCUAAAGGUGUAUAGUGAAGGUGCCAGGUGAACUGGGGAGAGCAUUCCACAGACGGGGAGCUACUGCAGAGAAGGAGGGGGCAUACAAAGAAGGGCAUCAGAAGAUGAUCUCAGCGUCCGAGUAGGUUCAUGGGGAAAGAGGGGGUCCUUGAGGUAUUGCGGUUCUGAGCCGUUUAAGGCCUUAUAGGUCAAAACCAGCACUUUGAAUUGGGCCUGGAAACUAAUUUGUAGCCAGUUCAGUUGGACCAGGAUUGGUGUAAUAUGCUCAAACCGUCUUGCUCCUGUUCCCCCCCCCCACCGAAUAUUGUUGUUCUUUACAACUGUAUUAUUCUUGUCAGAGAAAUGUUGAAUGGCAUGAUCUGUAUAUCUAAAUUUCUGUCCUAAGACAAAAAUAUUAGGAUAGAAUAGACUAAUGUUUUGGAGCACAAACUGAAUUUAAUGCAUCUGUGGUGCUAGCAGCCUCUGAAUGUGCCAUGUGCUGUUAACUGAGUUUGGAGUAAAAACACAAAAACUGUAAACAAGCAGCAAGGUCUUCAUGCUUCCUGCCAUGAUGGUUGCAUUUUCUGAUCCUUGGGUGGUGCAUCCUUAUUGCUUUAGGUAUAUGGUCUGCCUUUUUUAUUACAGUCAUACCCUGGGUUACAGACGCUUCAGGUUGCGUUUUUUCUGGUUACGGACCCGCCGAAACCCGGAAGUAUCGGAAUGGGUUACUUCCGGGUUUCGGGGGUCAUGGAUGCGCAGAAGCGCCGAAACGCAACCCGCAUGUGCACAUACGCGCCGCUGCGGGUUGCGAACACUGUGGGUUGAAAACGUGCAUCCCGCAUGGAUCACGUUCGCAACCCAAGCUUCCACUGUACUCACUUAUUCGAAUAUGCAGCAUCUAUGCUCUUAUCACUCUGUUUGCAAAAUUCUUUCUGACAACUGGAUGAAACAACAGAUUAUAUUGUUUUUGCUUCUUGGGAUUCUGAAUAGAAGCAACUGUUGAAGACUUAAACUCUGUCAGCAUAUGUUAGUUGCAUUACUGUUUAUUGUGUAAGCAUUUUUAAAAAUAUUUUGGAACUUUUAAACUGCUGUAGGCCACUCUCGGCUCUGUUUCUACUAUGAAAGGGUGGAAUAUAAAUCCUAAUGUUCUGAGCCAAGUGCUAUCCCACUUCUAUAUAAAGGAUGCAGUGAAGUUUUUGAGCAUAGAGCAAUUCAGGUGAUUAAUGUCCCUAUUUUACUCUUGCCCAAUUUCUGUCAUUCUCUGCUCUGUUGUAACCUCUCUCUCCAACCUAGGUGAAGGAUAAAAUUCGGUAAUUCAUAGGUUUGCCUCUAGCAACCUUGCUUUCUUUCCAGUAGAUGCUGCUCCUGAAGAGUUAUCCCAGGGGUGGGGGUGGAAAUACUAAGAGCUCCCUGCCAAAUAGGAGUAAUUGGCAAGGAAAAUAGUCUUCUGCUACUGAACUAUAGAACGUAUACAAAUAUAUAGACAUUGUUGUAUUGUUGUUUUUAAGGGCACUUUCAGACCUGAACAAGGAUGGGAAAAUGGAUCAGCAAGAGUUUUCUAUAGCAAUGAAACUCAUCAAACUAAAGCUACAAGGCCAGCCUUUGCCCGUGGUUCUCCCUCCAAUGAUGAAGCAACCUCCAGCAUUCUCUCCCUUGAUUUCUGCUCGUUUUGGUAAUCAUGAAUAUGAAUCAAUGUACAGGUGUUUGGAGAAAGACUGCCCCUCUUAAAUUAUUAUUGAUAAAUAAAUAGCUAUGUUCAAAUCUGUUAUCAUUAGACAAUAGAUCAUGAUGUUAAAGAUAUGUACAGAAAAUAUAGCUAAAUAUUAUCAAAUAUUUUUGUCAUAAAAAUGAAUAAUGAGUACUUUUGAGAUGAUUCUCCUGUGCUCUGAUGGCAUAAUAAGGAUGGGCCUCAGAAAUAGUGCAGCUAAUUCUAUGUGCUGGAAAGGGGUUAGAACUUGCAUGUUUCAAAGUGCAACCAUGCUUGCCAUAUGGCACGAUCCUUUAAAAAGUAGGGUGAGUUUUGAAAGCAGUUUGUGAUAUGUUGUUGGCACCUGUCUGUCUCGAGAGACAAUGGAGUGUGCCUCGGGGGGUGAAGGCAAGCCACUGGAGAAUUGCAGUGCCUGCUGUGGCUGCAGAGACCACAGAGCAACUCAUAACUGCUGCCUGCUGCAUUGGUCUGCUGUUCUAAGUGGGUUUACAAAAAACAACCCUACUUUUUUAAGGCAAACCUUUCAAUGUGCCGAAAGUGGAUGCCAUUGAACAAAUUAUUCUCUUCCUUUAAUCGUAACUAUAUAUUAGACAUCUAUUGCUUUAAGCAAGUACUUGGAGCAUAUUGCUUGUUCUUUUUUUCUGAAGCCUGUGGCAACUGGGAUGUGUUAUUAGGGAGAAAACCUUGGCUGUAUAACUGCUCGAAUGAAGCAAACUUAUGUGUAAGCAUAGACCUCUUAUCUAAAACUAGUUUUUGUAGCUCAGGGUUUCCCAAACUUGGGUUUGCAGCUGUUUUUGGACUACAACUCUCAUCCUCCCUAGCUCGUAGGACCCAUGGUCAGAGAUGAUGGGAGCUGCAGUCCAAAAACAGCUGGAGACACAAAUUUGGGAAACCCUGGUGUAGAUCUCUCUAGUAAAAGUGAGUCAUGUCUCCCCAAUUCCUGGCUGUUCACAGCUAUAUGGCUAUCACUAACAACUUGGUUUCUCUUCUAGGCAUGGGCAGUAUGCCAAACCUGUCUAUUCCAGCAUCUGUUCCUACAAUGGCACCUUUAGCUCCAAUGUCCUCUUUUGCUUCUGUAACGUCCAUCCCCCCCCUGAUUAUUUCUGCUCCUCUGCUGCCUUCCACCAGCACACCUGCAUUGCCAAAUGGAACAACCAGCCUCCUCCAGCCACUACCGUACUCUUCAAGUAAGUAUCAUCAUGUCCGACAAGAGGCAUACUUCCAGUCUGGACAAUCUGAGUUGGAUGCUGGCCAAUGCCUUGAUUCUGAAUGCAAAAUCUCCUCCUAGCAAAUACUAAACUGAUGAUUUUUCCACCUUAAAUUCCUUCUUCUUGCUACGCUAGCCACUUUCCACUGGAAAUAUUGUAUGCAUGAUGCCCCGCGCCAAAUAUUUUGUUGUUUUAAUGAAAGUUUGGAUGUUGCUAUGGAGAGCAAGAUGGAGGUGGUACUCAGCCUUUUCCCUUAUACUGUUUUCCUACUCAAGGUCACUAAUCCAUGAAAGCUAUUUCCUUGUUCAUGGGGAAAAGAGGAGGAGAUUAGUUUUGAGGGGACAAACGUCAGGAAGGGAGAUGGUUAAGCACCCCCUUACCUCAUAAGUCCUCCUUCUCAGCCUCUGAGGCUCACUGUUAUUAAAGAAGGGCCCUGCCAAAUCAUGGUGGGAAAGUUACACAACUUGGUGCUGCCUGUAGAGAAUGUAUUGAAGAAAAUGAAAAAAUAGAAUUGGGCUAUAAAUUAGCAUAAAUUAUUAGGGUGUUGUAGUCAGACUAGUUCUCAAAGCUCGUCAAGUUUGUGGUAUGGAGUCAAUUUUUUAUUCUUUUGCUUUUUUCUUUUUCAUUAGUUUUUAUUUUUCUUCUUUGUUUGCUCAUUUACCCGCUUAAUUUUUGAGCUUUGUGUUUUGCACUUUGUUUUUUUUAAAAAAAGUUUUGUUCUAUUUUUAUUUAUCCAUUUUUUCCACUCACAUAAGCACAGUUUAAAAUAAUUCUUAUGAUUUACUUAAGGCUUAUUUUUAAUCUGGGAAAUAUAGUGUGCAUAGAUCUAAUAAGUUAAUGUCAGGAGACUGCCAUCAGAACGGGGGAGGGAGGCAGGGGGAUACAGAGAGCCUCCUGCGCUUCUGAGAAGCAGCUCCUCGCCCGGCAGUGGAGAAAGCCCCACCUCCAGUGGACCAGAGGGGGAGGGGAGUAGCUGGUGAAGGGAGGGCUCAAAGAUGCUACGGAGAGCCCAAGUGCCUCACCUAGCCCGGCUGCCCAGGAGGCACACACGACACUUCCGGCACCCUGCUUGCGCAGAGGGGUGAAACAUACGGAGGGGAGGUGGAGAUUUGGGGUGUGUAAGUUCUUAUGCUGGGGGAGAAACCAGAAGGGGGCACUCCCGGAAUCUGCAAGCGACUAAGACGGACAUUAACUUUGGGGCUUUGCACUGUAAAUAGUUUGCACCAAUAAAACCUGUAAAAGACAGGUCGGAGUCCUGCCUGGUUACUCACGAGCAACCACCACCAGCACCUGACAGUUAAGCUUAGUGUUUGUGUAAUUUCUGAAUUUGUUAGAAAUUCUAGGCAUUAUAUUGUAUAUUUUAAUACAGGGGAGAAAUUGAAUUUUGGUUUAUACAGUCAAUUAAACGGAUGAAUGGAAGAACGUUCAUAAAGGGGUCAAAACUGAUAAUCCAAGAAGCAAAAGCUAAUUUUGACAUAGUUGAGCUCAGUUGGUAGAGCAUGAGACUCUUAAUUUCAGGGUCAUGAGUUCAAGCUCCACCUUGAGCAAAGAUUCCUGCUUUGUACGGGGUUGGACUAGAUGACCCUUGUGGUCCUUUCCAACUCUACAAUUCUAUUAUUCUGUGAUUGCAGGCUGACGUAGCUUAUCUACAAGAGACCCAUUUAAUUGAACAGGAUAAAUAAUUAUAAUAGAAAGACUGGGUGGGGUGGGUUUUUCUUGCCGGAAAUGCAACCAGUGCAAAAGGGGUCACCACUUUGGUCAGAAAUGGAUUUCCAAAUGAUGUACUUAUGAAAACAAGCUUAAAAAUAAAAGACAGAACCAUUUGAAAAAUGAGUUGAAAGAGUUAUGGGCACAAAUGUUUAAUAAUAUGCUGGAAGGAUAAUACCAUGGCCCCCUUUGAACAAUGCAUAGAAGAUAGGACUACACUUGUAAGAUAGAAACAAAUUGGGUAUGGAUAAAUAUACCGUAUUUUUUGCCCCAUAGGACGCACCGGCCCAUAGGACGCACCUAGUUUUUGGGGGGGGAAAUAAAGGGGGGGAAUCCCCCCACCCCCGUGCGCUGCGCUAAUCCCGAAGCUUGGGGCGUGCGGAACUCAGCACGCCCCAAGCUUCUGGGUGCCGGCAAGGUCUCCGCCAGCCAUGGGAGAGCCGCGCGGUACUCCCACGGCUAGCGGAGCGCUGCGCUAAUCCCGAAGCUUGGGGCGUGCUGAGCUCAGCACGCCCCAAGCUUCUGGGUGCAGGCAAGCUCUCCUCUAGCCCUGGGAGAGCUGGGUCUCCCAUGGCUAGCGGAUAGCUUCCUGAAGCCUGGAGAGCAAGGGGGGUCGGUGAGCACCGACCCCUCUCGCUCUCCAGGCUUCAGCGAAAGCCUGCAUUCGCCCCAUAGGACGCACACACAUUUCCCCUUCAUUUUUGGAGGGGAAAAAGUGCGUCCUAUAGGGUGAAAAAUACGGUAAUGAUAUUUGGAAUACAUUUGGACUGAUAUUUGGAAUGUGUUUAUAAAAAGCAUAUUGACUUUUUAAUAAGUCUAUACUCGUUAGAAUAAUUGUAAUACUUUUAUACAUUUAUAUAUACUUUCAAGUAAUUUUCUCUCAGUUUGUUUCUUGGUUUUGGUUCAUGUUCACUUUUCCUCACUUUUUUACUUUAUUUCUCUACUGAAAAUUUUCAUCCAAAUAGUAAUAAUUUUUAAAGUUUUUGGUAUGGAGUCAGGUUGGUGCCCAAGUGUUCCAUGGAGAUACUUUUGCCUUGCAUUGUGGACUAUGUGCUUUUCUCUUGUUUCAGCUUUGCCUCACUUUAGUUCAUACAGUCCCAUGAUGGGCGGAUUUGGUGGUGCCAACAUCCAGAAGACACAGUCCCUGAUAGAUCUUGGCUCUAGUAGGUAGGGAUCUUCAGGCAGAUUUAUGUCUCAAUAGCAAGUUUCUGUUUUUUUCAAGAUCUCUUUGGGUGGUCUUUGCAAUCUAUCUGGUUCCCCACAAAAGUGAGUACUUGGAAAGACAGAAGUCAUUUAUUCACAUAAACUGUUGCUGCAUAGGAACAAUGUUCCAGUUUGAACAUAUAUUUAUAUAAUACCAGAUUUCUUGCAAAUGUGAUCUUCUUUUCAUAUUGCAGUUCAAAUUCUUCUUCUACUACCUCACUAACUGGGAAUUCACCAAAGAUUGGAUUUUCAGACUGGGCAGUUCCUCAGGCUUCCAGAUUAAAAUACAGGCAGAAGUUUAAUAGCCUUGAUAAAGGGAUGAGUGGAUACCUGUCAGGUUAGUAUUACAGUAUUAUAUUUAAGCUUGCAAAGAUUAAUGAGUGAUUCAUGAGUUAAUUGACAAAAAUAUUUCUUCCUGUUCAUAAUGCAGUAUGUUCUAAGGGGGAUUUCUUUUUAAAGGAAAGGGAUUACAAUUGAAGAUUAAGUUUAUAAUUAAUUGAAUAAUUUUCCUAUAUAAGAAAAUGAAAUCCCAGUAUAAAUGUAAUAUUUAACUGCACUUGCAUGUUUGAAGAUUUUUAUAAAUAAGUGUAUACUUGCAGGUGGUGUAAACAAAAUCUGCCCUUAUUCCCUUAUGGGGUACACAAGAGCCCUUAUAGAGUCCUUUGUAGGUUCUCCAUCGGUAGGAGAAAAUAAGAGAGGCCAACCAGAGAAAAUUGAGAAGCAAAGCAGCUAGUAAACCUGAUCUUUAUUAAAGCUGUUGCAACAGGGUGCUCCCCUCACAUGCAGGAAAGGAGGAGGACCCAGAACCAAGGUGUGCCUGUCCUUAUCUAGACUUGUAAAAUUGCUCACCCUCAAACUCCAGACCAACCCCAGAAACAUCAUACAUACAUCAUAGAAGGGGUGUAGCCCAGGACCACCACCCCAGUACAUCAUACCUACAUCACAGGGGGCGGUUUAAAACAGAAUCCUGAGUGUGUUGUUUAUCUCCUGGCUGGCAAGUUACCUGAUUGCAUUAUCUGAGUUUCGGCUACUCUUAUGUUAUUAUACUCCUGCCAACCUAGCAGUUCAAAAGCAUGUCAAAGUGCAAGUAAAUAAAUAGGUACCGUCGGGAAGGUAAACUGCAUUUCCGUGCGCUGCUCUGGUUCGCCAGAAGCGGCUUAGUCAUGCUGGCCACAUGACCCAGAAGCUGUACGCCGACUCCCUCGGCCAGUAAAGCAAGGUGAGCGCUGCAACCCCAGAGUUGUCCACGACUGGACCUAAUGGUCAGGGGUACCUUUACCUUUAUGUUAUUAUAACUAUUUACCGUAUUUUUUGCUCUAUAAGACUCACUUUUUCCCUCCUGAAAAGUAAGGGGAAAUGUGUGUGCUUCUUAUGGAGCAAAUGCAGGCUGCGCAGCUAUCCCAGAAGCCAGAACAGCAAGAGGGAUUGCUGCUUUCACUGCGCAGCGAUCCCUCUUGCUGUUCUGGCUUCUGAGAUUCAGAAUAUUUUUUUUCUUGUUUUCCUCCUCCAAAAACUAGGUGCGUCUUGUGGUCUGGUGCGUCUUAUAUACAGUAAUUCCUGAAUCCAGGUCACAGGCUCACCCUAUUCACACCUUAAAUGUGCCCUAAAGGCAGGAUUUGUGAGCACAGAGACCACGAUGUCAGGCCUGGUCGUUGUCCUCUUCAGAUCACCACACAAACGCUUCUUGUUCUUUUAUAAAACUUUUUAUUGUGUAUUAACAAAUCAAUCUUAUAAACGGUUCUUAACUAUUAUUCCUCAGAGUCACUUAUUUCAGAUACCUUCUGAGCUCUGCUUCUCCGUGACCAGCCACCCUCAAAAUGGCGAAGGCGCCCUUCCCUUUGCUUUCCUGCUCUUUUUUCUAACCUCCUGGCUAGAGCUGGCCUGUAUCUCCCCUCCUCCAAAUCUGAGCUAGAACUGAACCCUUGCCUUUCCUGUGAACAGCCGGUCCCUCCCUGUUGUUCCUCUUGCUCCCUUCUGUUAGAUUCACUGCUCUCCUUCCCCCCUUGGGGAAUGCUUUCUCCCUCUGAGAAACUGGAAACUUCUAACUCUUCCCUGACACACAAGGAGGCUUUUUCAUUUCCUUCCUCCUUGCAGAGAAACAUUUGGUCAGUUUGGGAGAGUCAAAAUGGUUUCAGGACGGUCUUCCUGUACUGUUUCAGACAUGUGGUUUAUGUAUUUAUGUACAUGUUUGCCUUGUACAUUUAAUUUAUAUAUUUGAGACCUUAAAUUAUUAUAAUACAGACUAAGACUUUUCAAAUUAUAUUUCGAGUAAAACCAAACGAGGGCCCAUCCACAUUUCCCUUUGUCCUGUGAUUUAUUCCACUUGGUCUGUGGCUUGUAGGCACGGGUCUGAGAGGUUUCUCCUUUGUUCCAUCCCUUUCCCGGGAAACCCUGCUGUUCACGGCUGAAUCAGAGCAAAUGCCAAUCAGGUUUUCUGCAGACUGACAUUUGUUCCAAUCCAGCAGUAAUAAGCAAGUUUUCAUCUGGGAAAGUGCGGAACAAAAGAAAAACCUCUCAGACCCAUGUCUAGAAAUCACAGUCCAAACAGAAUAAAUCACAGGACAAAGAAAAGUGUGGGUGAGCCCUGGCCUGUAGAUGGUAAAAAAUAUCACUGGUUCUUGAGUGCAAUUAGAAUUAUAUAUUAACAUACUUGACUUAUAUAUUAACAUACUUUUCAUCUUUGAUUCACUCAGGGUUUCAGGCAAAAAAUAUUCUUCUGCAAUCAAACCUUUCCCAGACACAGUUAGCUACUAUUUGGUAAGUCCACACAUAAAUUGAUAAGACUUUGAUGUUUUGUGCUGCUCAAUGUUAAUAAUAUGUUAACUACAUUGCAUAUUUAAUACUGUACUCUUUUUAUUUUAUGCUUAUUCUUGAAUUGCAGAAUUCUGGUGUUGAGAUUAUAUCGGUUUAAUUUCUUUUUUAAAAAAUUAUCUUUAAUUAAAAGUGGUUGCAGCGGCUCUACCAAUGAAAGGUUGCAGUGGCGUGGGGACUCUGAAAGGCUGCAUGAGCUUUCUGCAGCCAAUCGGAAGCCACAGAAGCGUCGUCACCCACUCAGUCAGUCCCCGCAAGGUGAGGCGUCCGCGGCUUCUUUCCAAGGAAAUGCCUCGCCGCGUCAGGUUUACCUCAGCGUGCGGUGACUGACUGAGUGGCUGGCAGGGUCCGCAGGCCGGAUUUACGAGUCUAGUGGGCCAGAUCUGGCCCGUGUACCGUGGUUUGAAGACCCCUGUCCUACUACUUCACACCACGUGCCUCUGGGAGAAUUAAAACGGGUGUUUAAUUCUCCAGUUAAAAUCAGCUGGACUCCAAAUUAAUAUCCUUCAAUGCAUUAAACAUCAAAACAUUAACAAUGUAUGGGUUUAGAACAAGGAUGGGGCUAGACUUGACCACAGGAUGCUCUCACUCCUCACCUGACAUCAAGAAUUGGGGCAUGUAGACCUUCUCACAGUUGUCAGUGCACCACACAGGACUUGUGAACAACCUUGCACAGUGCUUUGGAGUACCAUAGAGUACCAUCUUUACAGAGUGCUGCAUAGGGGCCUUUGCAAAGCCCUUCAAGGAUCAGCUGCACCAAGGAGUCCCACGUGGGGAACUCAGUGGCACAACCAAUCUCACAGAACUUGGAACCAACGCCUGUCACCUGACUUUGAGCUCCACCUCAGCUGCACAGACAGUCCCAGUGGGCUUGCUCUCACUGUCAGUCAGCUGCUUGCCAGUUCAGAGUUGGGAGCCCAUUUCGAGACUCUUUGUUGGAGCCUCAACUUUCCCCUCACCCCAUGUCACAUGUGAAUUCGAGUAUGAGGCAAGUGAGCAUGAUUUGGGGGGAAACUGCCAUGCAGGCCCAAUUAUGUUUCAAAUGUGCUUUUGUGGGUAUUUGCUUUUUCAGAAUUGUUCAAGUUAGUAAGAGGUAUCUUGAAGAUGUUGCAUUGAAACAAUGAGAUUGCUGUUUCAUAUUUCCUCAGUUCUUCUACUGCAGUUGUUCUGUCUUCCUAGGUCACUUGCUGACGUUGAUGGCAAUGGGCAGCUGAAAGCAGAGGAAUUCAUACUAGCCAUGCAUCUGACUGAUAUGGCCAAAGCUGGGCAGCCUCUCCCACUAACUCUGCCUCCGGAGUUAGUGCCACCUUCUAUGAGGUGCAUAACACAAGAUGGUAUGUUAUUAAAAUUGUAUAAUAAAUGGAAAAGAUGUCCUUUAAAAAAAAUCCCUGUUUCUUCUCUCUAGAAGUGGAAAAUGUGCUGAAAAUACUGAUUGUGUUCUGCCAACAUACCAGAAAAUAAUGCAGGAAGAAGAACCUCCCCAAAAACUUCCAGGUAACAGUGGGGUUCUUUUUUAUGUUAAGAGUGCAAAGUUGACUUUAAAAAGGCGUUAGAACUGAAAGAAACGUUGUUUUACCCCAUAUUUCAGAUAUUAUGUGUGCCUGACUUCAAUUUGCUUCAUAGAAGCCAUUUGAGCACUUAAUAACAAUUGUAGGACUCACGUAUACAUUGUUUACAGUAGCAGUGGUACGUUGUCAAGACCGAAAAGCAGCAGUACAUUGGGCUAUGUGGCGUCAGAGUGGUUGGACUGUGGCAGUGUUUCUACGACUUGAUCCCCCAGCUGUUGUUGGACUGCAACUCUCAUCAUCCCUGGCUGACAAGACCAGUGGUCAGGGAUGAUGGGGACUCAAGUUUGAGAAACAUGGGACUAUGAAAGCAACAGGCAAGAUGAAGAAACCCAAAACUACGGUUAUUUACUUAAUUUCCUUUUUGAAUCACUUCAGUAUCAAAGCCCUGUGCAUAUAACAAAUGCUUUUCCAUUUGUCAGUGAUUUUACUUGAGUGUUAUCUACCUCCGUGUUUCAUACUACAGUGGUACCUCGGGUUACAUACGCUUCAGGUUACAUACGCUUCAGGUUACAGACUCCGCUAACCCAGAAAUAGUACCUCAGGUUAAGAACUUUGCUUCAGGAUGAGAACAGAAAUUGCACCACGGCAGCGCAGCGGCAGCAGGAGGCCCCAUUAGCUAAAGUGGUGCUUCAGGUUAAGAACAGUUUCAGGUUAAGAAUGGACAUCUGGAACGAAUAAAGUACUUAACCCGAGGUACCACUGUACUGUCCUUGUUUUAGAAAUGAACCUGCAUUAGAUCAAUUUUUGCACUCUGAUGCCAUUUACUAUUCUUUAAUCUAGUUACAUUUGAGGACAAGAGGAAAGCAAACUAUGAGAGAGGCAACAUGGAGCUAGAGAAACGCCGCCAGGUGUUGUUGGAGCAGCAGCAGAGAGAGGCGGAGCGUAAGGCUCAGAGGGAAAGAGAAGAAAAGGAGCGAAGAGAGAGGGAACGGCAGGAGCAGGAGCGAAAGAAACAACUUGAACUGGAAAGGCACUUGGAAAAACAGCGGGAGAUGGAGAAACGGAAGGAGGAAGAAAGAAAGAAAGAAAUUGAAAGGCGGGAGGUUGUUCUGCUAAUUGCUAUUUUUAAUCUGCAAAGGAAUAUCUUUUCCGUUUAUUGCUGUUUAGUGAUCUUCACUUAAGCAUUCUUUUUCCACCAUGCUGAAACCCACUUGUCCCUAAAGAUGACACCAAACCCAAGAGCCCCAGCUGUGUCUGGGGGCAGCCAAAGCUCAGCCUCAAGCAGCCAGUUCUCCAUUGAGGUGAAGGCCCUUUCAGGGCACUGCCUAAGCACCUCCAGAAAGUGCCUGCCAGGUGUCUGUCACACAGAAUUGCAGCGUCGUGCAUGCGCUAGCAACCCUGUCCAGGUAGGCAGUCCCAAGUCCAGCAGUGACCUCGACAGGAAGUCGGAGGCUGUAGUGUCACCAGCUAAGGGGCGAGGCUGAGUUCCUCAUGCUGAGAAGGAUGCUGGUAAUCAGGGAACCCCUGAAUGUGAGGCCCAGAGGAAGGAGUACAUGCAACCUGCUGCAGCAGAACCAGGACCCUCAUGGCAUGGGCCCCUUCCCCUGGGCUUGGAGAAGCGAGGGCCUCAUGUAUGGCAUUGCCAGUGCAAUAGCACCAAGUGGGCGGCUAUGGAAAGGUAGGAUAAAUGUUUGUCUUCAGACCAGAGGCUCCCCCUUUAAAGAAGUUGAAAUGCACGUUCUCCAUAAUUCAUUGCCCUUUAGCACUUUUGAAAGAACUGAACAUUUAGUGGUUAUUUUAUCUGCAGGCAGCAAAGCAGGAGCUUGAGCGCCAACGGCGUCUGGAGUGGGAGAGGAUUCGGCGUCAGGAUCUUCUUAAUCAGCGUAAUCGAGAACAAGAAGAAAUUGUCAAACUGGCCUCUAAGAAGAAGAGCCUCAGUCUUGAGCUAGAUGCCUUGGUGAGUCACAGCACUGCAAAGGACAUAGGGAACUCCACUGGCAGGCGUAGGGAACACAGCUCCUGCAGAUGCUCUUGGACUGGCAGCUCCAGCCAACCUGGGGGGGGGGGGUCAGGUGGGAUGGGCAUUCCAAGCCAGCAGCACCUGGGGGACAUCCCCCGGGCUCACCCAAACAACAACACAUUGUCUUUUCAAACAUCUUUCUGUAUUCUGGUAGGUGGCCGUGUUGGUCUGACGCAGUCAAAAUAAAACAUUUAAAAAUUGUCCAGUAGCACCUUAGAGACCAACUAAGUUUGUUCUGGGUAUAAGCUUUCAUGUGCAUGCAUACUUCUUCAGUGGCUAUUGACCCUGAGAGUAUCUUCCAGCUUGUAUAAUAUUUUAUCUUAAAAAUUCUUGUUAAUUGGUUUUGACUAACUUUCUGUUUUAGGGGUAGUGAUUAGCUGAUACUCUGUAUAUUAGAGGCAUGUUUUCAUAGAAUCAUAGAAUCAUAGAGUUGGAAGAGACCACAAGGGCCAUCGAGUCCAACCCCCUGCCAAGCAGGAAACACCAUCAGAGCACUCCUGACAUAUGGUUGUCAAGCCUCUGCUUAAAGACCUCCAAAGAAGGAGACUCCACCACACUCCUUGGCAGCAAAUUCCACUGUCAAACAGCUCUUACUGUCAGGAAGUUCUUCCUAAUGUUUAGGUGGAAUCUUCUUUCUUGUAGUUUGGAUCCAUUGCUCCGUGUCCGCUUCUCUGGAGCAGCAGAAAACAACCUUUCUCCCUCCUCUAUGUGACAUCCUUUUAUAUAUUGGAACAUGGCUAUCAUAUCACCCCUUAACCUCCUCUUCUCCAGGCUAAACAUGCCCAGCUCUCUUAGCCGUUCCUCAUAAGGCAUCGUUUCCAGGCCUUUGACCAUUUUGGUUGCCCUCCUCUGGACACGUUCCAGUUUGUCAAUGUCCUUCUUGAACUGUGGUGCCCAGAACUGGACACAGUACUCCAGGUGAGGUCUGACCAGAGCAGAAUACAGUGGCACUAUUACUUCCCUUGAUCUAGAUGCUAUACUCCUAUUGAUGCAGCCCAGAAUUGCAUUGGCUUUUUUAGCUGCCGCGUCACACUGUUGGCUCAUGUCAAGUUUGUGGUCAACCAAGACUCCUAGAUCCUUUUCACAUGUACUGCUCUCAAGCCAGGUGUCACCCAUCUUGUAUUUGUGCCUCUCAUUUUUUUGCCCAAGUGCAAUACUUUACAUUUCUCCCUGUUAAAAUUCAUCUUGUUUGUUUUGGCCCAGUUCUCUAAUCUGUCAAGGUCGUUUUGAAGUGUGAUCCUGUCCUCUGGGGUGUUAGCCACCCCUCCCAGUUUGGUGUCAUCUGCAAAUUUGAUCAGGAUGCCCUUGAGUCCAUCAUCCAAGUCGUUGAUAAAGAUGUUGAAUAAGACCGGGCCCAAGACAGAACCCUGUGGCACCCCACUAGUCACUCUUCUAUGUUCUCGAAUCAGAUGUUUGAUUUUAGAUUAUUUUCAUUACAGGAUGGCAAACACCAGCAGAUCUCUGGGAGAUUGCAAGAUGUUAUAAAAAGAAAACAAGUUCAAAAAAAUGAUCUGGAUGUUCUGGAAAAGAAAUGUGAUUUGGAAAUUAUUGAAGUCAAGCAGCUACAACAACAGCUUCAAGUAUGAAAUCUCACUUUAAGUUUCAACUUGUUGCCUUGUGUGUUCCAGAGAAUGAAGGACAUGAAUGAAUUGGAGGGGGGUAUUUUUAAUACAUCUGUGUAAAGAUGUAGCUACAAAAUAAUAACAGUUUUUGCUUCUGUUCAAACAGUUCUCCUCCAAUAGCUAGAUUUCUCAAAAUAAUACGAUUAAACUUUGUUUUUUAAUGCUACAAAUGACCUAACAAGGAUAAAGGCUAUUGAUGGUUAAAUUAUCAGGUUUUUCUAGUUUUUACAAGGUACAGCUUACAGAAUCUUAAAUGCAUGUAGUAUGUAACAAUAUUUGUUAUGCCAAUAUGCUUCAAGGUUAAGAAAAAACUGUCAAGUCCUAAAUCCUUCUUUAUUCUUGGACGUGUCUUUUAUAUAAGCUGGUUUGUCCAUUUCUCUUGUGGGGUCAUAAAAUACUAUCUAUAAAUAAUUUUCAGCUGAGAGUUCUUUACAUUUAAGCAUAUCAAAAUUUUAUCUAAAGUAUGGACAAUCUGUGUCACUCUUACUUGAACUGAUAGGUCUCCAUAUUGACCGUAGUACAAUAUCAGGAUGUACUGUGGAUUCCCAUGGAGAAAUACCAGAAUCAAGCCUAAUGUUGCACUUGUCUCAAGUGUCUCUAACUUCCUGUAGAAUUACUAUUAUUGGGUGAAAUCCAGUUAAGUCAUGCUCAACAUAAAUCUGGUGAAAUCAAAGGGCAAUUGAUUUCAGGAGAUGUCCCAUGAAUAUAUACCUUAUAUAUUUCUAAGAAGGUAGGGCUGUAAUGCAUUAAGUCAUUAAAUAUGUAAAGAAAGUAUACUGAUGAUAACUUUCUAAAAUUUUAUCCCCGACUCUGCAGGAAUAUCAGAAUAAGCUGAUCCUCCUCAUUCCUGAAAAACAGCAGUUAAGUGAGAGAAUGAAUCAUAUGCAGAUGGGCAAUUCUCCUAGUAAGUAUAUUCAGCAUUAUUUAUCUUUAUCCUUCUCAGUCAUUCUUUAUUUUUAAUUACCAAAACAGUGAUGGGAAGGAAGGAGAAAAUGAAGGUGAGGGGUUGAAAAGGACAGUUUGAGCCUGAAUCUAGAAGGGGACCCUUGGAACAUGGGAUGCUCAGAAAUUCAAAUACAUAGAACUGAUAGAUGGUGAUGUACUUCUAUUUCCUUUUUGUUAAAAAAAAGUCCAUCUGAUUUGCCCCUGAGGACCACUGCUGGAUCAAAACAUGUCUGGCUAUGGAAGAUAUCUGCCUAGUGCAAACUGCAUCGCCUCCUCCUCUGGGGGAAUUAUAGGUGUUGAACCAUCUGCUGGUGAUACUCAAGCAUGGAAUUCCCUGUGUCAAGCAGGGGGUGAACUAGAUGGCAAACUAGGCAUGCUCCAACUCUUAACAAUUCAGGGUAAGAUUAAGCCAUCAGCUGAAAUCUCUUUCCCACCAUGGAUUUAUUGAGUAUCUGGACAAGCUUUCAGACUCAGUUCUCUGACUUCAAAAGGUACCAAAUUCUUAACGAGCUGAUGAGAUUGUGGCAGGGGUAAAUGUAAAGCAGGUUGUUAAUUACAAGGGCCAUAUAAGUGAAGGGAAAAAAAUAACCAAAAUGUUCUUAAGAUGAAACAUUGGAUUUUGGCUUUCAUCGACAGAAACAGACCUUAAUUCAUUACAGAAGAAGUCCUCAGAAAAGGAAAAAUUAUGCCAAAGACUUAGAGAACAACUAGAUGCACUAGAAAAAGAAACGGCUACCAAGCUUUCUGAAAUGGAUGCUUUUGAUGAUCAACUUAAGGUACAAUCUUGCCUCCUAUUUGUGACUCAGAGUAAUAAUUUGUUGUAUUCCCUCCCUCCCUUCUAUGAAAAAUUUUCUUGCUUCUGAUUUUUCUUCUGUUUCUCAAGCUUAGUUCAGUAUUUCAGCCGAUAAGGGCCAAUGAAAGGUUGCGUGCCUUUUCUGUCCUUUCCAUUCAUACUGUUUAGAUGUUCACAGAUUGGUCUCCUAUUUGACAUUUAUAAUGCAUGUGUCAGCAUUUUGCAAUACAGGGCCUCAUGGUCAUAAAUUGGUAUGGGUGCCAUUUUGAAUGUUGUAAACUGAAUUAAUUUACUUGUCAUUGAAUACUGCCAUCCCAAAGUGGGUAACAAAUAAGAUAUACAGGGGAAAAUAUAACAUUGUGCAAAAAUUACAGAAUUCAUAACAUUUUUGCAUAGCCUAUUCAGAACAAAACUGUGGGCUAUGCAAAUUAAUAAUUUAAGAUAUUUUUCUCUCUGGUUUUAAUAAAAGCUAACCACAGGGCAUAGUUAGGAAGGCCAUCAAUUAUGCUCGACCUCUUCACCAUGUAAGCAACGACCAAGCCAGUUCUCAUGCAGCUUAACUCUUUCUGGCUGCUGCAUUAUGGCACUGGUGUAAACAGAUAGAUCUUUAUUCUCUGAGCGCCAUUCCUUAUAUAGCCAAAUCGCCUUCAUCACAUAUAAGAGGGAGUUGGUAAAAGGCUUUGGGGAGACUCCAACUUUUGCUGAAAAGUCUCAGAGGUGGAGAGAACCCAACAGCCCAGUGGAAAUGAAAAACCGUAGGGACAUGGACUAUGUAGUGGAGUAAAUGGGAAAAAACCAUGAUGAAACAAGAGCCCUCUACUUUUCCAACACUUUGUUUCGGGUUGCACUUAAAAACAAUUAAUAGUAGUGUGACAAGUUCUAUCUAAAGGAGACAUAACUGCUGAAAGGUUAGUGGCAGAAUUUGAUUUUUUCAUUUAUUUAAAAAUUAUAUUCCAUUUGCUUAUACUAAAGCAGUUUAAAUGGUGUAUGGGAAACAUUAAAAUUCUCACUAAAACAGUUAAAACAUUUUAAAAUAAUUAGAAAGUAAAAAAAGAUUAAAACACAUCAGUAACUGUGUCUGGGUAGAAUUGAUAUACAAGAUAUUCAAGAAAAUAAUUUUGAGAUAGCAUGAUUAAUACCUAACAUGCUAAUUGAGAGUAAUUUAAAUUGACCAGUUACAACACCAUAAGUUCCCUAUAUAUAUAAAAAUUGCAGUGCAAAGUGUAACAGCUUUUUAUCUGCCUUAUCUUACAGUAUGAGACUAUGGAUGCUUCUGUUCUUCAGUGCCUUUUGUGUCUGCUAAGCUGUCUCAACAACCUCUUCCUCUUACUUAAGGUUACUUUCUAAUCUUUGGCUUUUUUUGCUUAUAAUAAUUUCAUAGGUUUUUUUUUUUAAUUGCAUUUAAAUCCCUUAACUCAAAAAUCCAGUCUAUUCAGUAUCAGUGCAGUACAGCACAGUUUGUUUUUUCCUUCGCAUUUCUGUUUGCUUUCAAAUCUUGUCUGCUCAACGAAUGCUUGAAGGAGGUACAAAUCAAAGCAUUAAUAUGAAGCUUGCUCGCUUACUAACUACUACCAGAUACUUAAUCUGAUUGUCAUUGUUUUUUAUGUGAGAUUUAGUUGCACACAGCUUUUCCUUCAUUAUUUAAAUCUUACUAGCUCUUCUGAAAUGGAAUCAGUUCUAGUGCUUCAGAUUGAUGAAUGAAAGGUCUGAAAUUGUCAUGUUAUUAUCACAUCUGAACAUUUUUCUCUCUUAGUAAAGUGAGUGUCUCAUGUCUGAAUACCAAAAUGGGUCCUUAGAGAAGUUGAGAGCAGACAGAUUCACCUCCUGCUCUAAGGUCACCCACCUCCUUCACCUAAAUGUCCCUGUCUGUUUUGUUCAGCUCUUGCCUCCACAGCCUCUUAAAUCUCCCCCUGCUCAGUCUAAUGGAGUGAAAUAUAAAUUAUAAGAGAAGAUUUGGGAGACUUGUGUCUCCAUUUGUUGCACAAGAUUCCUCUGCUCAGUAUCUAGUAGUUGUCCCCCCUGACCCCCCAAGCCCAUUUCAAUGCAGCUCACACAGUUUAGGAGAGCCCCACCUCUGGAGAGGCUUUUCGUUGCACACAAGCAUCAGCUAGAACCCCUCUUCUAAUUUCUUCCAUAAUAUCUUGCUUCCUCCAGUAGCUAAAAGAAAGUUGUGUUGGAAAUGUAAACUUCAGAAGUAUUCUAUUUAAUUUUGAACCUGUUCUCUUGAUUGUAUUAAUACAGAGAUUGAACACUUCUCAAUGUAGGAUUGCCUGCCUCUUCGUACCCUGACUUGGAUUGCAGAACACUAAAUCAAGUCCCCCCACCCCCCCUGAUUUGCUCAUUUGAUGUAUGUUAUAUUUUCUUAUUAGGAGCUAAGAGAAACCUACUCUACACAGCAGUUAGCUCUUGAGCAGCUCCACAGGAUCAAACAAGAUAAAAUCCAAGAACUAGAAAGAAGAAGAGCUGAGCUUGCACAGAAGAAGAAAGUGGAAGAUGAGGCUGCACGGUAACAGGAUAAAUUAAAACAAUGCAGGCUUUUUUCUAAAGGGCCUCCUCUGCACUCUCUUAGAUGACAGGCUUAGACUUCCUCUUACUACGUGGGCUGUCAUUCUGGGUUUGAUUCCCCGCCCCAGUACAUUUAUGUACCUUGGUUCUGUUUUUGUGUUGUAUUGGAUAUUGCAUUUUAAAAUGUAACUCCUUUUAUUGAUGCAGUUGUGACCCACCUUGAUUGAUGCUAUCAGUAUAAAAAUGGUCACAACUUUUUUCUUUUUUAGCAUGGGUUCUUUUUAAUUUCUUGGCAAUCACAAUUCUAGCUACAUUGAAAUCUCAUUGGGCAAUUGUACAUUUUUAGAGAACUGCACUUCAAAAAGAAACGUUCAGAUAAUAUUGAAACAGUGACUCCAUAAGAAAUUGCUAACUGAAUUACAAAAUUAACUGGGAUGAAAGAUUUCCCUUUUAUGUGACAUGAUAUGCCUCACAGUAGUAUUUUUUUUUAAAUAAUAAUAAAACCUUCUGAAUUGAUUCUGAAACCUACAGGUUAGCAAGCCUAACUUCAGCAUAUGGCAACAAUAUUUGCAAAAAGUUGCUGUUUCUGAAGAUGCUUAUGGACUCUGUAUUUUCUACACCCUACUGCAGGGGUCAGCAACCUAAGGCCCAUGGGCCGGAGUGCCCCACAGAGGUCGUUUGACCGGCCCACGAGCCACCCCCCCAACCAAGCUGCCUGCUUGCGCACUGUGCUAAACCAGCGCGGCACGGGGACUCGCUUCUGCGGCGCCAAAAAUCACAUCUACGCAUGCACAGACGCUGAAAAUCGCAGGCAUGCGUGUGAUCCGGCCCACGGAGGGAUCUCUGCGGGGCCGAUCCGGCUCAGGCAAAAUAAACCUUGCUGACCCCUGCCCUACUGGUUCUUUUUCUGUGACAAAAAUAAAUAUGGUGCCAGUUCUUAACCAUCGUAAGAUUGCAUAGCUGAAAAGUUUAGGACAGCAUAUAUCCACUUCACCAUUCCUAUCGCUAUUAUGAUGCUUAAGUUGUCCUAGGACUUUCAGAGCUUACAGGAAGAUAAUAAUGUAAACUGAGAGCAGCUGAUUUAAGGAUCUGUGCCAAGUCUUUUCUUUUCAGUAUCAGCAUAAAAAAUACCAUUUUUGACAGUGUUUUUGCUGCUUUUUUUCUAAAGAAAAGCAAAGCGGGAAAAAGAGAACUUGUGGCAGCAGAAUAUCCGGAGGGAGGAAGAAGAGAGGAGAAAGCGACUACAGGAAGAGCGAAUGCAGGAAAAAAUCCAGGAGGAAAGACAAAAAACGGAGGAGGCAGUUGCGCAAGAAAGGGAAGCCCAGUUGCAAAAAUUGGCAGAGGAGAAACUUGAAGAGGAAAAAUGGAACAAACAGGCCGAGAUGCUGAGAGAUACUGAGCAGCAAAGGCAGAAGCAAAAAGAAGACAAAAGAAGGCAGGAGCUGCUCGCAAAAGAAGCUGAGGAGAGGCAUAAGCACUUUGAUGAAGAGAAGAGAAGAAAAGACAGGGCCAAUCUGCAAGAGUCUGAGAAACCCGUUUCUCAGCUAAAUGAAAAAAAUGUAGACAUUCUUAAACAGAUAAAGGGACGAAGUCUUAAGUCAGCAUUGAAAAAUGAAGGUAUCUUACCCAGGUUUUUGUAAGGAUAUUAGCUACCAUAGUUUAAAACACUGAAGUCUGUUAGUCCCACACUGUUUUACCAAUCCAUUAAUAUGUGUGGCCUUAAUGGGAGAGAUCAGUUCACAGGUCUAAAUUACGCCUUAACUAAUGUUAAUAUUCAGCUUUUCUCAUGGCUUGAAAGGCCAAUGUUGUUCAAUUAUGCAAAUCCCAAAGCAGGCACUGAUUGCUGCUUUGAAAUGAACAUAACUGACAAGAUUAGUAGUCAGUAAUAGUUCCUCCUUGACUUUCCAGGCCAUGCUGUGGGUUCCUCUGAGUCUAGGAAAUCUGUUGCCUUUGUGAAUUAUAGAGCUUUAUAUCCAUUUGAAGCGAGGAAUAAUGAUGAGAUGAGUUUCAGUUCUGGAGACAUAAUUCAGGUAAGAAAUGGCUGAUAAUCCCUGAAUUCUUAAUAGGAUAUUUAUUUCAAAUUAAAGCCUUUGUCUUCUCUGCAAAAUACCGAGCGUGCCAUGCAGUAAAAUAAAGAAUUAAAACCUAUCUAAUAAGCUUUUAAAAUAACAUUUUGCCACACUUCCAUCCUUUUUUCCAGGUUGCUGAGAAAACUGAGGGAGAGCCUGGUUGGUUAUAUGGGAGCUUCCAAGGCCAUCAGGGCUGGUUUCCAGGCAAUUAUGUAGAAAAAAUUCCUGAAAAUGAAAACACCCUUUCACCUCCAAAGAGAGCCCUACUUCCUCCUGUGGUAUCCUUACCAACUGCCUCAGUUCCUGUAGAGUAAGUGCACCAUAAUACUCUGCUACCACGCAAAAUUGACGGUGGUGAUGAUGAUGAUGAUUCACCCUAAAGUCCUCGGGUUUAAAAUAACUUAGAGUCUCAGAAAUAAAGUGGGUUUUAAAAAUAUGCUUCUCAAGUGUCAAAAGCCAGAGAGGGUAAAGAAGUGCAUCUUGAGCAUUCACCCAAAGCUGAAUAAGGAAGAUGCCUGAUGCACCUCUGUGGUCAGUUCCACAACUUAGGGGAUGCCACAGGUCAUACCCUCUCGCAGGCCACAGCCAGGCGUGUUUGGAGGGGCAGUGGAACACAAUUUGACAGAAGUCUACAGAACAGCUUUGGCCAACUCAGCUGGCAUGCUGCAUAUAGUGGCUUCAGUCUAACCAAGAUUUAGGCUCUAACUCUGUGAUGCCUAACUGUGUUAGAAUUUUGGCCAUUGUAUACCAGUUUAUGCAAAAAUGUGCUUUGUAUAUUAAGAAAUAGUGGCAGUUAUUGUAGUUGUGCUGCUUUUCAGUUCAGAAGUGAUCUUUCCCUUGUUUAGCUUAAGGCUGAAUGGCAGUGAUUGAUUUGAAAUUCUGCACACAGCUUCAUAGCUUAUGAAUCUUACAUGCAUUUUGGAAGCUUUGCUGCUUCACAACUACAUGCUUUAAAGUGCUACCUUUAUUGCCAUAUAUUGAAUUUGCAGGCCGCUUUCGUCAAGUAAGCCAGCCGACGAAUCCGAUUACCAAAAUAUAUCUUUCUCAAGUUUAAAUGUCAACACAUGUCAGAAAAAAUCUGCUUUUACUCGUACGGUCUCCCCAGGAUCUGUUUCUCCCAUCCAUGGCCAGGUAUGUUCUACCUAUAGAAGAGUGAUUUAUGUCCCUGUAUCUUUGUAUCCUGCACUGUUCCUCCAGCACUGAAUACCCAGGGAUAUAAGGCUUAGGGUCUGCCGAGGUGGAACUGGCUAACCAUUUAUUUGUUUGUUUAUUAAAGGGAUUUCUUUAGUUGAUAUUUCAGCAUUGCAGAGGGUUGGACUAGAGGUCCCUGGGGUCCCUUCCAUUUCUACAAUUCUAUGAUUCCUAAUCUGCCAUUCAAAUAAAUUUUCAGAGAACCUGUAGCAUCAAAUUUGUCACAACUGUAUUUGCUGAAAUAUGUGUAACAGAAAAACAUAAGUUGUGGCAGAUGCGGAAACUGAGUUGUCCUUACAAGGACAACUGACCUAAUUAUUGAUAGUAUCCCAAGUCUACCUCCUUCCUAGGUAGAGUAUCUGGUUUGGUUUUAAAUUAUCAUGUGCAAGUAUUUGUUCUAGAAAUUACUCUGUCUAAUAAAGUUCUUUAAAGCAUAGAAACUUGCAUAAAUGAUUGGCAUCUGAAACCUUUUUGUUUUUUAACAGGGGCAAGUUGUAGAAAACCUAAAAGCACAAGCACUCUGUUCCUGGACUGCAAAAAAAGAAAACCACUUGAACUUUUCAAAAAAUGACAUUAUUACUGUCUUGGAGCAGCAGGAAAAUUGGUGGUUCGGAGAAGUAGGUCGAGGAAGAGGGUGGUUUCCCAAAUCCUAUGUGAAGAUCUUGUCUGAACAUGAAAGCCAGAAAGAGGAGUAAGGCUCUGGGAAUUUUGGGGUUAAGGAUGCAUGAAAAAUGUAUUGGGUAGUGUUUUAAAGGAUGAACAGAAACUUGGACUGAGGUUCAGAGCAGUGGGUACACAACAUUUGCUCCCUGGAGAGUCUCUUUCAGAAAGUAUCCCUUGUUUAAACUGCAGGCUUCAAAUAACAGAUUUGGGAAUUAGGCAGGCAUAAGAACAGUUAAAAGUGCCCUUUGACUUUUUAUUCUAGGCUUCCCUUUCAUUUCUUAUUGCAUUAAAUCAUCAAGCUCUUUUGAACUUAAGCGAUUUAGAGAUAAAUUUGGGGAUGAAGGAUAUAUUUUGAGAAAGGAAGCACCAGAAAGGUGCAUGUCCCUUGCCCCCCCCCCCGCCCCCAUCAGUGUCUGGGCAGGAGGCCUUUCAGACAUGCCUUUUACCAUUCCUUCUGUUCUUUUUAAAUAAAUGAAAUCAUGAAUUCUUUCAUCCCAGCUAUGUGAAUUCAACUGGCAAAUCACAUAGAUUUCUGAUUAACCUUUGUACCCGUCCCAGUUUGCUCUGAAUGCCCAUAGCCGGGUUUAGUACUAUCUGGUUUAUUAUAUGGGUGUUUGAAAAAUGUAAUUGGAGGCAAAGGGAUAAGGCUCUGUUAAGAUGCAUUUAGAUGCCUAGUCCUUGGAGUAGCAGAGGAUGAUGGAUGAUGAUGAUGAUGAUGAUGAUAAUAAUAAUAAUAAUUAUUAUUAUUAUUAUUAUUAUUUUAUUAUUUAUACCCCACUCAUCUGCCAGGGUUUCCCCAGCCACUCUGGCCAGCUUACAGCAUAUAUAAAACAUAGUAAAAUAUCAAACAUUAGAAACUUCCUGGUACACAGAUGAGGAAAAGAAGCUAUGAAUUCCAAGACACACUUUAUUUGACUUUUGUGUCUUUUUUAAAGUUUGAGUCACUGAAUAAUGAACAUUGUAUCUUGCAGUCGCCAAAAUGACUUUAUUUUUAUUUAUUUUUAAAAUCUGCAGGCCAGAAGCUGUUUAUGCAGCUGUAAAUAGGAAACUCCCAGCAUCGUCUUACACGUUGGACGAGGGUAAGAUUUUGAAUAUAAAUAAACCUUUAGAUUUCUAUGUGUUUAAGGAAAGGUUCCAAAUUCUUUGACACUUCUGCACCUUUAACUGUGUGCUAUCGUAAAAGCCUAGAAGUUAUGAGACUUGUAACAAACUAGCAAUGAAAAACUCUGCAUUAUGGUCUGUAUGUAUUCUACUUGGAUAUUUUUUCUACACCUUUUUUUAGAAAAUGAGAAAAAAUGUAGGUCAGUGCAAGCUGAUGGGCAAGGAAGGGAAAGAGCAUAAAGGUAUGUGAAGAGGUGGCCUUGGGCAUAGGCAGAAGGCAUGUAGGGGAAAGACUGGCAAGACACACAUCUCCCAACUCUGACCCUCCUCUAGAGAUUGCCCUCAUGUUCGACAGUUUCCCACUUCAGCUGAAGCGGGUCAUAAACUUGCAAUGCCAACAGUCUUGCCUGCUGUUCUGACGAUAACUCUGCCCUCACAAAUUGAUUACUUUUUAAAUUUUAAUAUUUUUAUUGCGUUUUGUAUAAUAGCAAGUACAGUGGUACCUCGGGUUAAGUACUUAAUUCGUUCCGGAGGUCUGUUCUUAACUUGAAACUGUUCUUAACCUGAAGCACCACUUUAGCUAAUGGGGCCUCCUGCUGCCGUCGCGCGGCCAGAGCACGAUUUCUGUUCUUAUCCUGAAGCAAAGUUCUUAACCUGAAGCACCAUUUCUGGGUUAGCAGAGUCUGUAACCUGAAGCGUAUGUAACCCGAGGUACCACUGUAUAACAUCCUUUCCUCCCACCCCAGCCCCCUACCCCAUCACAGGUGUUCAGUUAUACAUUAGCAGGAGUGUUUGGAUAAUCCAUAUGUGCCUGUUGAUUUCAGUGCUUCGCUUGAUUCCAUGGUGAAAUUCACUUCCACAACAUGUAGUGAUGUCCACCAAUUUGGAUGGCUUUAAAAGAGGAUUAGAUUAGGGUCUUGACUUCUAGCUAUGACACUGCAAGUCACAAGUGUGGAGAGCCUGCUGUUGCACCCAGUUCUCAAUUGCAGGUUUCCUAUGGAAAUCUGGCUGGUCACUAAGAGAGCAGGAUGUUGGACUAGUUGGGCCUUUGGCCUGAUCAAGUACCUCUCAUCUUAUAUUCUUAACUUCCCACAGUUUUGUUGUUGUUGUUGUUGUUGUUGUUGUUGUUGUUAUCUCAUCAAACAGCUGUUGGUUCAGAGUUUGAAAAAUGAAAGGAAUUGUGUGGACAAAUAUGCUCAUGUCCUCAAGAAUGUCUUCAUUAACAAAGCUAAAAUUCUGUCGUCUUUUCCAGAAUACAUAGCGCUAUAUUCUUACACAAGUUCUGAACCUGGUGAUUUAACUUUCACUGAAGGAGAAGAAAUAUUAGUUACUCAGAAAGAUGGGGAAUGGUGGACUGGAAGCAUUGGUGAUAAAACUGGAAUAUUUCCUUCAAACUAUGUCAGACCAAAAGAUUAUGAGGUAAGGAUUUAGUACAGUCUUUUCUUUUUUUGGGGGGGGGUGGGGAGGUAUGGUAUCCAAAGAUGAACUCAGAGGCCCUAAUCCGAAAAUACCUUUUCCUUUUCCCUUUUCAUAUGUCUCAGAUGAUCAAGUGAUCAUGGGAGAGGCGGGGAAGAGGGCAAUCACUGCUUGCAGCAGAGAUGUUCAGUAUGCUGGACUCUGAAUGUCACAGUGGGGCAGAGUUGCGAACAAGUCUAAUAGUUGCUGCCCCUGGACCACUGAGUCAGAAAAGAAGAGCUGCUGAAGGACUUUCUUAAAACUCUUUGCAAAACAGCAAGAAACACAUACACACUCACUUAUUUGUUAACCCCCUCCCCCAAGCAAGAGCAUGUAAGCUGAGUAGGCUGUCACUAAGAAAGUUGAGUGGGUUGUGCUACUGCUGCAAAUUAAAGUGAUUGUUUUAUUUUAUUUUCUCAUAGAAUUCUGCUACUGCUAGCAAAACAGGGACAUUAAAUAAAAAACCUGGUGAGUAUUACUAAUUUUAGAGUGUGUUAGCUGAUUGUAAUAAUUUAAUUUUUCAUUGAUGCUUGUCUUCUUUCAGAAAUUGCUCAGGUUACGACAGCCUAUACGGCGUCUGGAGCAGAGCAGCUGAGUCUUGCCCCAGGGCAGCUGAUCCUUAUUUUGAAGAAGAAUUCUAGCGGAUGGUGGCAGGGAGAAUUGCAGGUAAAAGGAAGGGGAAUUCUUACACAUUUGCCAAGCUAAGUAGGAUUUCAGAUUGGAUGGGGGUGGAGUAUUGAGAUUCCUGCAUUGCUGGGGGUUGAACUAGACGGUCCUUAGGGUCCCUUCCCACUCUACAAUUCCAUGACUCUAAAAUUGAAACUAAAAUUGAAGCAGGGCAAAGGCUAAUAGAGUUCUGUCAAGAGAACAAGCUGGUCAUCACAAACACGCUUUUCCAACAACACAAGAGACCUAAGCAGCUGGAUGAGUUAAUAAUGAGGAGGAUGUGUAAUAGUGUAUGUCUACUGUGUAAUUAAUUAUCCACAAUGACUCAUAUAUAUGCCACGUUAUAAAUAAGUCAAUAUUUUCUGUGGUAAUAUUUGCAUAUCCCCAACCUUGCAUAUUUUUUAACUUCAGUAUGCUCUCAUAAGUUUGGCUUGCAAAGAGCUUGAUGUGUUCUUAUUAAAAUCUAGGCAGCUUUUAAUGUCAUUCAGGCUAGAAAACCCAGAGUAUCAUGUAGCUUACCUGCAGUUAAUUUCAGCUGAUUUACUCACAGUACUCACAACUGAUGCUACUUUCCUCUGAGCUUUAAGAAGCCAGGAAACUUCUUUAUAGGACUACUUUAACUUAUUUAUUGCAUAUGUAUUGCAUCUCUCCUUGAAGGAGGUCAAGGUGGUCUACUCUAGGGAAGGGGAACUGGAUCCAGCCACUUUGACGGGUGGGCAAGGCCAUUGUGAGAACCCGUGACAACUUCAAAUGGGCUCACCGUCAGCGCUGGUCGGCACUGAUUAAAGCUUGGAUUUAGAUUCAAAGCACACCUGCAAGUAGGCAUGUUCCACCUGCACACCAGGAAAUCUGGUCUGCAUUUUAAAAAAUGUCCUAUUGCAGGCACAAUUUGAGUCCAAACUGUGCAGGCAAACAGACAACUUUUGCUUGCCACGGAGUAAUUCUGAGUGCACUUUUAUGUUCACAGUUGUUCCUUUACAGCUGUGUCUUUACCUGCCCUGUAACUGACAUCUUUCCUGAUACCCAGUGUGAGGCAGGCAAGUGUUGUUUGGGGAAAACAGCCUCAUGGGCCAAUUUAGGACCUGGCCAGACCCAAUUAGGCCUCCAGGUUGGAGGUUCCCCAACGCUGGCCUCCUGGGUUCUUCCUUACAUGGUUUGCCUGUUAGCUGACAAAAGCUUAACAUUCUUCUUGCAGGCAAGAGGGAAAAAAAGGCAGAAAGGGUGGUUUCCUGCUACCCAUGUGAAGCUGUUGGGUCCAAGCAGUGAAAGGAAUACACCAGCUACUUACCCAGGUGGGUGGCUAAAGCUUACUUUCCCUUUUGUUUAGAUGUAGGGGUGAACCACACAAUACGCUACAUGUGUUGGCUCCAGUAGCUGUUUUUGUAAAAGGCAAACGGCUUCAUGGUGCAGCAGUUCUGAGUGGGGAAGUAGCAGAGGGGAGGACUAAAUUGUUUCUUUCUCCGUUGUUUCUGUGGAGUCAUUUCCUCAAGCUGGGUUUUGCCAUGUACCCCAGUGCAGGGGAUAGCUGAGGUGAUUGAAGCUGCUUCCAUGGGGAGAAAUUCUGAGCACACUGUGCCAAGUGACAGUGCGCUCCUAAACCCAGGCUUCCGUUUUUGGUGCUCAUUCAGCCCUGGUCCAGCACUUCAGCAGCCUUUCCUGGGUCAUUUGGAAUGGAGAGAGUUUGGCGUCAUCCGCACCCUGUUGGCACUUUACCCCAAAACUCCAAAUGACAGCUCCCAGUGACUUGAUAUAGAUGUUUAUUGAGGGACAGGAUGGCAUCCUUCAGAACCCUACAGCUUAAAAGCCAUGGGGCCAAGGAUCUAUCCCCUAAACUACGUUCUAGAAGGAUGUGGCCCUGCAGGUAGGAGUGAAACUACUGCAAAUUUAGUCUCCCAACUCCCAUCCUGCCAAGCCAUCCCAGAAAGAUACUGUGGUCAACAGUAUUGAAAACCACUGGAAAAAAACAGCUGGGAAGUACUCUGCAACCAAAUGUGGAGGCUUGAGUCUUUUUGGGUCCCCUGCAGUUCCUUUCUCAUUGCUUGUUUCUGAUGUAUUCUUGCCUAAUCACUUCUGGGACACUUGAAAGGAGUACAGUUUUUACUAGCUUCUGAAAGAGGAGAAGGGAGAUUUCUAGACCAAUAUAACAUGGGUACACAGAGAAGAAAUCUGCUGCAGUCUCUGAGGUUGUUCUUCUUUCAUAUCUAAAAUGUAGCUGGGACGCAGAAUUAUUUUUCUUCAGUGAUGGAGUGCUUAGCUCUCCUGGGCCUAAAAAAUAGGUAUGAAAUGACAAGUGGGCAACCUUCCUCUGUUACCAAAUCAUCCCCCUGUUACCUCCCUUCACCCAUUGAUAUGAAGCCAGCUGGUUAUGGCACUGGGGUGGGUGCCCUGGUGCUCUAGCAGGAGAAAUAAAAGUACUGUAUUUUUCUUUGUAUAACACACCCCUUUGUAUAAGAAAUUUUGGGGGACUCUGGGGAGGAUUGCCCAGUGUUGUUGAGCUUUUAUUAGGGGGAAUUGCCAAAGAUCACUCACCCAUUGAACCUACGCUCACACUUGCAUGCGUCCCAAACGCAACCAAUCGGCUGCCCAAUUGCCACGGUAACAGCCAAUAAACACCAGUCCUUGCCGCGGCCACCAAUAGCUGAUUACAAUCUCCAGCUUGAGGCAGCAACAAAUCCGACGUCCCACAUAUGCACUAUCCGUGUAUAAGGCGUCCAAUUUUUAACAUUCUUUUUUGGGGGGGGGGGGAAUCUAGUCUUAUACACAGAAAAGUACGGUACUUUCGCUCUGCUUUGGAAAGGGCCUGGAAUUCUGAAAUAAUGUUUGGUAUCUCUGCUGAUUCAGGAUAACACAGCUGGUCUUGUGGGUUUCCAUUUCUUCUAGUGUGUCAAGUGAUAGCAAUGUAUGACUACAGGGCAAACAAUGAAGACGAGCUGAGUUUCUCCAAGGGGCAGCUUAUCAACGUACUGAAUAAAGAAGAUGCAGAUUGGUGGCAAGGGGAGAUCAACGGCUCUUCAGGCCUCUUUCCCUCAAAUUAUGUUAAAAUGACCACAGACUGUGACCCAAGUCAGCAAUGUAAGUGAAAUUUGUUUAAUGCAUCAAUUCAUUUGUUUCCUCAGCUCACAUGCAUGUAGUUCAGGAUCAUUAUUUUCAUCGUUAUUACCAGAGAGUUCUAGUUCACCAGGAACAUCCUUCAGUCACUUCAUGCAGAUCCACAGGUAGAUGCACAUGUUUGCCUUUUUCUUGUGUGUUCAGCUGCCACGGCUGGACUCGUUCCUUUCUGGGCAAUUUUUGAGCUCUUUCACUCGCUCCAUUCUAGCGUUGGUGUAGGACCAGAUCCUCUCAGACGGUGAAGCGUCACCUCAUCCUCUUUCCUUCCAAGCAAUGCUGUGCUCUUCAUUUGCACAAAGGAUCCUACUCAGACUUUUCAGGUUGUAGCUUGAUGUAGAUUACUGCCUCCUUCCUUUUUCUUCGAUUUGAAAUUAGUUAUAAAACUUCAUAGGUUGCCCUUUUACCAGUUACCAGUCGGGCGUUGGAAAGCAAGCUGCUUUGGAAUAGUUGGAAUAUUAACCCCAGAGGAUACUCAGCUGCAAUUUUGAGACAGUAAAUAUGAAAGUAAGGAAGGUUCAGUUAUACUUUGGGUUCUCAGUCUUUCAAAUGCUCCUCAUUACCUUCUGGCAGUUAUGACUGCUGUUUCUGCCACUUCCUGUCAAUCACUGUACUCAUCCUGAUUAGACGGCACUGGCUUAUUUAAUGAGCAUUCAUUCUUAUUUGUUUACAGGAGAGUUAGAUGACAUUGCAUCAAAGCAACAGUUGCCCCACACUUUCCAGUGCAUUUCCAUGUAGUAGUAGUAGUAGUAGGACAGUGGUACCUUGGUUCUCAAACUUAAUCCGUUCCAGAAGUCUUUUCCAAAACCAAAGCAUUCUAAAACCAAGGCACACUUUCCCAUAGAAAGUAAUGCAACAUGGAUUAAUCUGUUCCAGACAAUUAAAAACAACCCCUAAAACAGCAGUUCAACAUGAAUUUUACUAAUGAGACCAUUGAUCCAUAAAAUGAAAGCAAUAAACCAGGCUGCAAUCUACUACCCAGUAUCAAAAACUGGCAGUGAUCUACCCAUUGCCAUUGGAGAGGGGAGUUUAAUGGGGGGGGGGGGAGAACACAAAUUAGAGGGACAAGGACCGCGCUUGGGGUGCGUGUGGGAAAGGAGGUGUUUAACUGGAUGCGGGAGAGGGGAGUUUAAGUAGGGGGGAGGAAAGGGAGGCAAAGGUCCCCAGCCCAAGCCAGCCCUCUCCCCUCCUAAAGCGUCUGCCCACGCUCCCCAUUUGCCUGGGUGAGUCCCAGGGCUUCUGUCUCCACUUGGGGCAUGACGAAGCGGCAGCCACGGGCCGGUCGGGGCGGUGCUGCCUGCACGUCCCUGGCAUGGCGGCACCAGGACGCGCCAGCAGCACCGGAGCGUGGAGAGGAGGCGGCAGCUGCUUCCGGCUGCGCUCCUAGCCCCCGGGUGCUGAGCCUGCACGCAGUGCGAGCACCCUGAUCCCCGCCUGGACCUCGGUUGAGGUCGGGCUUGCAACAGGGGGACGGAGGGAAGGUGAGGGGCUGGGAAGGUCAACCUGCCCAGCAUACUUCCCCCAGCACAUGCCCCCCCCCAACCACCUUUCUGCUCGCUGGGGAGAGUCGCCAACUUCCAAGUCUCCCUACUCCGGAGUCACUUACAUUCCGAGGUGCCGCCCAACUCCACUUUGUAUGGAGGAAAGAGGUCUUCCCAGCAGACAAAAGGGAAGGGAAGGAAAUGGCGGCAGCCACUGCUGGGGCCAAGCUGCUCGCUCAGAAUGGAAGUGUGCACUCAAAUCAUUUCCGGGUUUGAAGUGUUCAGGUUCCAAGUGGUUUGAGAACUAAGCUGUUCAAAAACUGAGGUACCACUAUACUAAUAAUAUUUAUAAAUCUGGCUCGGUUUCCCUAGCCUCUAUGUCACUUUCCUUAUGCAGAAAUCUGGCCCUUUGGGGAAGUGAGUUUGUCGUGGAGGAGCUCCCAAUCAACUAUAAUUGCACAACUUAAUUUUUCAGUGUGUGACUUAAUCCCACCUCAAAAUAGCAACACUCUGGAGGUGCCCUGUGCUGAGUGUGCUUUUUGAGAGAAGUGAAAAAAACCCAAACGAGCAUAUGGUGAAUGAAGGGCAAAGUGUGGCUAUACCCGCACAACUAAGGUCUAUAAAUGUUUCUCCUGCACUAGAGGAAUGUAUCCUGAAGUGGUCUUUCCCUCCAACAUUCUCCAGUAGGCAGAUUAGAAUUGCCAAUAUCAUUUUAUGAGAGUUUUUAUUUGACUUUCUAUCUAGCCUUGGGAGACCUGUGGAACUUGUUUCCUGAAUCUGUUUCUUAGCUUCCUGAGUCCAGAGCCCUGGGCUGUGGUCUUUGCUCAGUAUGCCCUCUACUUCCUUCUCUGUCCCAUAAUCUUCUAACUAACAAUGGUAUUUCAACAACUUUCUGCAUUGAGACAUUGGAACCAUUCUCUUGAGGUCACCUCCACGUAGAAAAGAGAAAAAAGAUGUAUUAGAACUGUAUGCAUUGAUCAGCCCCCCACUGCCUUGUGGGAUAUCUUUGGGAGAAGAAAAGACUUGAGAAGGAAACCCUACACAAAAUUGGAGUGGAAUCUCUAAAGCAAGACCUACCAGAUCUUACAGUCAGAGGCCAAAUUUUUUUUGUCUUAAAUUAUCUCUGCCUAGAAAUUUUGCAGAAAAGGGAGGAUCUUAAAGAUUAUGCUUCCAAGCUGCAUGAAGGAGGCCUUUGAUAAUGCUGGGGCUACCCGUUCAAAUGAAUAGUCAUCCCUGAGAACAAGGCAUUCACAGCCGCCAUACCAUCUGACGCAGGGCAACUACUGAAGCAGCUAGAGUUUAAAGAUAGAAUGAGUGAAGACAGUUCAGAUGAUUUGGAGGAGGAGGAUGAAACAGACUGUAGACAUGAUGAUAGGCAUAUCUGGCAACACGCAACAAGGAAAAAUAAAAAGGCAAAGAGUGAAUUUUGCAGACUGGGGAAUGUCUUCCAGGGCAGGCUAACCCAGAGGAGCAAGUCCAGAUGGUCAUUGGUACAGAACAAUGUGCACCUGAUGACACCUAUGCCAUUACAUGUGGGUACCAUGCUUGUUUCUCUGGUAGUGCCAUGAGGAAGGCAGUCUGGGUAACUGACAGUGUUUCCUUUGCCCCACCACUGGAGGGAGAAGCCCUGUCCUGGAGCAGGUCUGACUUGUCUCUCUCCUAGCAAACUCAGGAGUUUGUGGGUGGAAUCCAACAUGGCGCUGAAUGAACAUUCUGUCAGUGCAAGGAUUUCUGCUUGUGCAAUGGCAAGUUCUCCUCCCCCCUGCCCAUGUGCCCCCUAAAUCAGUUCUCUGGAGCAGAUAUGAGGGGGGCACUGGGCAUACACAGUGAGGGAAGCGGGAGAAGUUCUUACCCUUGGUUGAAUACUGGCCAUGUGCUUCUCAACCUUUGGUUGCUUUCAUUUUGCCAGGCAGGUUAUAUUUCACAUGGUGAAUCCUAUUCAGUGUUUUUGUCUUCUGUUUCAAUUUUUGUAAUGCUUGUUUUUUAUAUUAUUGUUCGAUUGUAGAUGGUGGGAUUUUAACUCCUGUGAAUACUAAGUGAUGUAAACACAUUAGAAGGGCAGGAUAUCUAUCUGAAUCCUUGAAGGUUCAUUUUGUCCCUUUAAUACCCAAUCACUGCUGUGCAGGUGAGGGCUAUUUUAUCAGGACCACUGUUCUGCACAAUGUAGGAACUGGAGAAGUAUUAGUAGUAGUAGCAGUAGAAGUAGCAUAUCAGUAAUAGCAUAUCAUACAAGCAUUAUAUCACAACCAGAUACACAACCAGACUGUAUUUCCAGGCACUGUGAUCAUCUGCCAGGGAUUCGCAUAUUUUUGCCAACCUUCAUGCCAUGUUUGCAGACCUUUUUGUAACACAGAGUUGGUCUGUCAGCGGGUCUGGUGUCUGAAGCCUCUCCCCUCCAAGGUCCAUCUUCCGUUCUGUGGACAUGACCAAGCCAGUGUAGAUGUCAUUGAGACAGAAGUGUGAACAUGUUGGGAAUGUGGGCUUUGGGAGAGCACAUUUUUGCUUGAGGCCUGUCCUGCCAUGUGAUGACCAAAAUCUUCCUGAGGCAAUGCAUGUGGAAGGUAUUGAGGCGUUGCUCCUAGCAGUUGUAAGUUGUCCAUGACUCUUUAUUACCAUUCUUUAUAAGGAAGGCAUCCAAGGAUGAGCUGUUUUGCUGGACAGUCAUGUACAUGUUCUCACGGAAGGGUGCAAUCUUUUUGGGAAGCUUAGGCAGACAUCCUACCUUGGGGAGCCGUGUCAAGAGUCCUUUUUGGCUGAUGAGGUCAGGUCUAUGAAGGCAAUGUGCAAGGGGCACCCCUGUUCUCAGCAUUUCUCCUGCAGCUGGCACAGUGAGAGAAUCAUGACAGCCGUUGACCUCAGCUCUAAAGCUGCAUUGUGACCUAGGAUAGACUCUUGUCAGGGAGUGACUGUAAUCUCUUGAGAAAUACAUUAGGGAAGGCUUUCCUCAUGGCGUUCAGCAGGGAGAUCCCAUGUUAGUUGUUACAGUCUUGACGAUCACUUUUGUUAACAAUGCUGGAGUUGUGUAUCUCUUAGGGCAUGGAUCCUUGUUCCCAACACUGCAAUUGGUUUUGUGGAGGUGCGUCAUGAGGGAAGAAUUUGAGCCAGCUUUCAGCUCUUCUGCUGGGAUUCUGUCCUGUCUUCCUGGACUGGCUGGACAAAGAGAAGUGGUGGGAGGCACCAGCCGGGGAAGCCUCCUAUGAGGAAGGCUCAGAGCCCGGGGUGUGGUGGUGGGACAAAUCAGAGGAUGGAGGAGGGCAGAAGGGUUGGAAGUUGAAGAAGCAACAGGCUUAAGUGAGAAAGGAGAGCCAGAUGCAGAAAGCAGUGCAGACUCAGCACAUGAAGCAGAUAAGGAGGGGCCAGCGGCUGCAGAUGCAUCCAUAGUGUUUGCCUUUCCUACUGUAGUUGGCUCCCCUCCCUGCUUGUCUCUAAGGUCAGGGAGAGCUUUGCACAUAGCAGAAGAACGAGCAUAGGUGGCCCCUCCCCAGCAUAAUUUAAGGCUUCUUGGAAGACAUCUGGCAGGGAGGAGACUUGGGGGGAAGUAGGAGAUAGUUAGCUCCCACCGUGGAUGAAGAGCCGGAUGAAAAUCUGUGAUUGUCUCACUUUGUACCAUGAAUCAGUGCAGGUGCCUCAAGACUCUCUAGAAAUUAGGGAGUAUUGUUCUGUUGGAGGAACACCAUAAACAUUUUUCAACUAUCAAAAGCCCAUUGAGCUUUUAGAAAAUCUUAGAAAUUUCCCUGCUUCCCUUAUUCUCCAGUUAAGCAGUUGGCAGCCUUGUAUAGCUGAGCCAUUUAGUAUUUGACAGAUAGUAAAAAUCAGCCGUGCAUUAUUUACCCAUAUAGUUUUCAUUGAAAACAUCACAAAGCGAUGAGGCAUGGUAAUUCCUUGUUAAUAAGAAAUGGUCUUUCUCUGCCAUCUGAUUGGCCCCCUGCAGGUUUCACUCAGAAAAUCUAGUUGUGGUCAUUUAUCUCUAAUUUUCUUUUCUUUUUUAUUUUUUAAGGAUCCCAUGUUGUCUUCCAGUGUGAAAGCACCUCAGAGACCCACUAUCCAACUUUGACUUAUAGCAUGGAGGCAGGUGGACAGCCUGCUCAGAUCUCUCUGAAACAAUUGAUUUGCUUCGCUUCAAUAUUAAAUCCACUCAAGACUUCAAAUUUUGUUCUGUAUUGUACAGUUACAGUUUCUGCAAACUGACUAGAUAGUGGGUCUUUGUGUGGCUUUCUGCACUGUCCUAUCUUGUGUUCUCUAUUCCCUUUAUUUAGGAACAAUUAGUGCACUUGUCAAGGUAUCUCUUGAUGUGGUGCAGCAUUAGGCACACAAAGACCUACUACUGAUUGUACUGUUUCACCUGCUUAGUUGUGCUCUUGGGAUGUUGCACCUUGUAUUUCCUUUGUUGAUUUGUGGUUUGCUGAUCUUUCACCAUGCACUUCAUGUAUGAUUCUGGACACAGUGACUGGGCUAUUGAACCGAAAAGGAACAGAGGUGGAAUAAAACUUGGUGUGCUUCUUAUGCACUUUACACUUCCACUGUAUCUGCUGGCUUUCAGAUCUUAAAACUCUUUUGUCUGACUCAAACACCAACUUGUCUGUCACAUGCUUCUUUAUAUGGAUUUUGAGAAAAGUUUCUCUCUCUCUCUCUCUCUCAGCCCAUUUUAUUACGUGUUAAAGUAGAGAGCAAACCCAAGCCACACCUAUUUUGGUGGGCAUUGUUUUUUAUGUGGUCUGAUUUUAGAUUCUGGGUGAAAAGAGAUGUGGGGAAGGUCUCUCUUCUGUUGCUCCCCCUGCUCCUGACAACACCAUUAGCAGCCUGAUGGGCUUAGAGCUCCUAGGUUUGGCUCAUCCCUUGCCAGGUGCAUCAGUGCUGAUCCUUUGGGUGAUGCUGGGUGGGGGGAGCAGCAGGGGAGGGAGGGCCCAGUCAGGGUGGGGGGCAAUUUUCUAGGCCCCAUUGUGUUCCCAGGGAUGUCAGAAGGAGCACGACAGAACCCCCAGGCCCUUUCUGUCGGCUGCUCCUCUUCCCUUGCCAACCCAACUUCACGUUACCUAGUAGAGAGUCCCAUGCAGCGUGGCGGGCUGCGGAGAGACCCCCAGACACCCCUGCACCAACGCUAUUUGCCCAGGUUUUCCAUCUGAAAGCUGGUUGAGGGCAGCGAGUGGCUUGAAGCAUGGAGAUUAUUAGGAGCCUGGAGCAGUUGGGAGAAUAAGCCUCUCUGUGCCACGGCUCCCCUCCAACAUGCCCACUUGCAACGGUUCUUCCUGGAGAAAAACAAAAUGCCUCUGUGAUUCAGUGACACAUACUUACAUGUGAUGUGUAGUGGAACCCUGAGAAAUAGCAAGCUAUUUCCUUUUAACAUUCUAUAGCUACCCUUAAUGCCAAAGUUAACUAUCUGUAACAAUAAAACAUGGUAUUAUUGUUGUCCCAUACUGAAUAUUUUAUAGAUCUGCAAUUGGCCUCUGGCAAUUUCCUAGUCAAUGACACUGUCAAAAUGAGAUUCCUAUUGAGAGCUUACAUUAUUAUUAUUAUUAUUAUUAUUAUUAAUUAUUCCUGCAUCAGUUUAAUAUCAGUUGAAGUUCACUGUUUCUGCCUCUCCCUUUGAAGGGGAGGAUAGGAUGACAAGAUAGAUCUAGAAUAGAGGCAGUCUGACAGAAUGGCCCUAUUCUCCAAAUUUACUACAUAUCCGCAAGUGAUUGGAUCCCCAGUUUUAGGGGAAUUUCCAUUUAGAUUGGUCAUUUUAAGGCAUCAUUAAGCUAACAUGUGGCAGAGUAGUAUUUUGGUUGUAAUUCUUUAGUGAUUUAAAUAUGUUAUUUUCUGUCAUGCAUACCACUUCAGUAAUUUAACUUCUUUAAGAUUAUGUCUUGGGGAAAGCUAGUAUUUUUUUAAAGGAUGACAAUUUUGUAAGGCAAUUAAUUGAGGUAAGACAAUUUCUUAGAAUUUGAGAGUGCAAGCAACAAUUGUGAUGUGUGCAAUCUGAAAUGUUUACAGUUUGGAUAUGCAAAACUUAGGUGGUACUAUCAAAAAGUUUUAAUUUCAUUAACUCAGAAGUAUUUUGUUCAUCAUUCUAACAGUGUAAUCCUGUUACUUGGAAAAGAGUUCCUUUUAAGUUUGUUUAGGGUUCUCACCUAAAUAAAAUGAAUGUUAUGUACUCUUAAUAGACUUUUAUCAAAGAAAGAAAGAAAGAAAGGGAAAAAAAGAUUCCUGUAUAUACUUUUAUCAAGUAACAGAUUGUAAGGAGGGUUUUAUGUGCAAUACAGGAAAGUUAUGUGCCUCAAUAAAUUAUGAAUGGGUUUUCUCUUACUUGUGUUUUCCUGUGAUCGUAUCUCAAAGAAUCAACUUAUCAAUAUUGAUCGCUGCAAGUGGCUCAGUGUUCAGCUGGUUCCCCAUCCCGUCUUUCUGCUUGAUAGUGGACAUUUAGCAAAUGUUUUGAUGCUACAUCAAUAAAAAUGCUAAUUGUGUAGUAUUGCGUCCUCUUCUCACAAAUUGUGAUUGCGGCUUAGCAACGUUCAGCCAAAAGAUCCCUGACGGGCUCUUCUGGAAAUGUUUCUAGUCCAGCUCUCCAGCCCCACAUGGCGACUUGACAGGGGCUGGAGCUCUCUGUUUAUACCAUCUCAAUCACAAAGUUCAUCAAGCCCUUGGCAGACCUCAAACACAGCUGUUGCCAUUUUUGCUAACCUGAACCUAGCCACAUACAAGGGUUCAGACAAAAUCUGAGUUUCCAGUAACUUGUGAAAGGGUUUUGUUUUUUGUUUUUUAUUUGUUGGCUAAUCAUUCAGAAACUGAUGAUCAAACCAAUUUAGUUGCUGGAUGAAUUAUCUUUGAAAAGUCCUGAAUUGCAGGGCAAGAUUAAAGAACCUCUUCAUGCCAACUGUUAGAAGAAAAGCGAAAAUCAUAAAGCUUUUAAAUCCAUAUACUGUAUUGAGUAGAGUUUUUAAACUCCUGCACCCCAGAGAACAGUAGCUUAACAAUUGCCUAUUUACAAAUGCAUCUCAGUUCCAAAAGUUUCUAGGUAUUGGAUGCCUCUGCUCUUCAAACCAAAAGCCAAACAUUCUGGCAGACAGACUAAGCUUUUAGGUGUGCAUCCAUUGGGCUCUCUGAACUGUAGGUCUUUCGCUUUAAAGACAAAUGGCUUUGUUCUUGCAGAUUUCUUAUGGGUACCUGUUACUGUUAUGUCUACCUGCUUGUGCAACAGAAUAAGCUUUCCCUCCUCGCCUUGCCUCCUUGCACUCCCAAAAUCUCCCUCUGAGGCAGGUUUUGGUAGCAUGCUUUUUAGGUGCGGUGGGGUGAGAACGAGAGGAGAAUUAGCCAAAGAAUAGGAUGCCCAUAAAGAUCUCACAAAUGGGGGGGAAUUAGGAAUUGAGGGUUCUUGACUAAACCUAGAAAUUACAAUCCAGCCUAAUUAAGAGUUCUGGAGAACUCAAAAGAUUUUGUGGAUAUUUUGGAUGGGCAUCUAAGCAGCUAGAAAACUACCAAUUUUUUUUUUUAAUAGUUCAACAUAAAAUGAAUGAACCACGCCAUCAAAUUGUGAUUUGUUCUUAACAGUAUAUACCAGGACAUGAGGCUUUGUGCUCCUUCUAUGCAAUCCAACCAUAAACUGAUGUCAAUCAGCCUGUUACAAGAAUGCUGACAGACAUAUGAUUUGUAGUGGUAUUUUGGGCUGCCACAACAUGCUGCUGCUUUACAGUGCAAUCUUGCGCAUGUGUCCUCUUGGAUGAGCCCCGUCAAGAUCAGUUGGGUUUGCUUCCAGUUAAAGAUGCAUUUUGACUGCAAUUCUUUACACAACUGAGAGCAAGAUCCUCUAAGCUCGACGAGUCUUAAGUCUAAGGACACAUAAAUAGGGUUGUGUUCCUUUUAUUAGCUAUCUUAAAUGCUUACAUAUUAUAGUGUUGUAUGCUGCCUUAAUAACUUUUUUCUUCUUGGGUUCUAUAGUAUUUGAAAUAAUGUUUAGUGUCUCACCAUGCAAACACAGCAUAUGCUGUGUAUGAGAUAAUGGUUAUUUGUUUUUUUGAAAACUGGAAAUAACUAUGCAAAAAUACUUUAUUAAAGAGACACACAAAGUGAUAUGCUUGUGUAUGAUUUCUUUUCCAUUACGGUUAGCCUAAUUAAAUUUAUAUCAGGGCAUGGAGAGCUAUUGUGCUAGAGUGGCUCAGUGGUCCAACUAUAGGAGGGUCAGACCGAGUUGUGUCUCUAGAGAGGGUGAGCCGUCUCUGCCAGGAGAGUCCAGGGGGUUUCUUCCAGCUCCCAUCCGGCCCAGCCAGCAUGACCUGUUGUCGGGACAGCAGUGUGCUCAAAUGUGCAUUCAGCGACUGAUGGCUCAAUUCUAACCAUGCAAGCCCUCUUGAAUUUAGUGGUGCCUACUCCCAGGGGAGUGGAACUAGGAUUGCACCCAAAGAUACCAACUCUUUCAACAAAACAACUCUGAAGGCCCCAUUUCUUCAUGCACCAGUGGGUUUAAUUUAAUUGGUUGAUUGUUUUGCGUCAAUAUGUUAGACCUUUCUAAGAUUUAGAAAACUUGGGUUAUGGAAGAGAUACCUUAAAGGGUCAUGGAAAGCCUGAUGAUUCCCCUACAAUUUGGUUCCACUAUCCUUUGAAACAGAAAUGGAAAAUGUUUCUAGUAGCAAUUAUACUGGGAAAAGUUGAAAGGUAUUCAACUUGUUUUAGAGGGGGUUUGCAUUCCCCCCCAGCUCAGGUUUGCAGCGUGGAGGUUCUUACGGAGCCAAUAUGGUCAUUAGAGGCCAAGUGACCACCGGCUAUCACCUUGGGCUGUGGCCAAACCUGGAUGAAGACAGCUUGCCCUCCAUUGCCCAGGCUGAGGUAACCUCACAUGUUUAUUGCAAUGGGCCUCUGAAUAUGGGCCUCUGAAAAUUGUUCCAAAAAGUUUGGCUGGAUUAGGGCAGCAAGAGGGCUUUGUGGGAUUCCCUGGUUUCCAGUCCAGCCCAAGCCCAAGCCUGGCUGUGAAGUCUCAAAUGGCUUGAGACCAGAUCGCCUUCUCCCCCAAGAUCCCUACCUUAAGAUCUUCUUUGAGCCACUGCCAAGUGCGGCUGCUAUGAAGGGGGCCUUCUCUGUGAGGGCAUCUGUGGUGAUAAAUAGUUUGAACUACCGUUUAAUGUGCUGUGUAAUCUUGUUGUUUUGUGAUAUUGUUAUUUUCAUUGUAAUCUAUGGUUUUAUGUUUGUGUGCCACCCAGACGACAUUGGGCAACCUUACGCCAAUGGUAAAUAAAUGUUCUGUGUAACAGGGCUGGGCAAUAUCUGGUUUUCAAUGUCACGAUAUAUCACCAGCUAAACAUCAUGAUAUUUGGAUAUAUCACAAUGUCUGAAAUAAGGCUGGAACUAUGUAGAGGUGACUGUGGUAAUAAUGCCACGGAAAACUGCCACUACUUAUGGGUUUUACUCUAAAACGGAUAAAUUUUUACUUACCUUUAAUAUAUUGUUAAAAUGGUUAUGUUAUAGUGCUACUGUACUGAUAAUGUUUAAAUUAGCACAUUUUCUCUAGAAUUAAAGGUAUAGAAGUAAUUCUGUAACCUAGAUAUCAAAGGUAAGGAGGGAGAUUGUUUCCUAAAAAAAAUAAUUACACUACUAAACAAGAAAAAAGCCAGUUCACAAUCACUGUCACACUUUUAGAUACAGUUGUACCUCAGGUUACAUACACUUCAGUUUACAGAUGCUUCAGGUUACAGACUCCUCUAACCCAGAAAUAGUGCUUCACGUUAAGAACUUUGCUUCAGGACAGAAAUCGUGGUCUGGUGGCGCGGCAGCAGCGGGAGGCCCCAUUAGCUAAAGUGGUGCUUCAGGUUAAGAACAGUUUCAGGUUAAGAAUGGACCUCCAGAACGAAUUAAGUACUUAACCCAAGGUACCACUGUAUUCAAAUAUAUAUCACUAUUGAGUCUUAGUUGGACGUGUGCAUCCCACAACACCAGUUAUUAGAUUGUUUGUUAAUUUUCUUUUCUAAACCAGGCCAAAAUAGAAAGAAUGGAAUGGAUGAAUUUUAACAGAACAAAAAAUGGCUAAACACAAUUUAUAUUUUUAGUGCCAGGGGAAUUUGCAUUUCUUAUAUAAGCCAAGCCAAAACAGAAAGAAUGGAUUGAAUUUUACAAAAUUAAAAAAUACUAAACAAAAAAAUAUAUUUUUGCAAGGAAAAUUUGAUGCAUUUAAUUAAAUGAAGAUUUACUCAACGAUAGUGUUCUUCAUCUGUAACAUUACAGAUUUCCAGAGAAUAUAUUAAUGUUAAUAGAUUAGUUAUUAAUAAUAACAAGUGUGUGAGAAAGCAAAUGAGCAAGGGGAGAAUUGAGAGGAGUUCUAGGGAAGGGAGGAGGGUCUGGAGGAGAAAAAGAGGAACCUAAUGAGGGAGACACACAGACAAUUGCACAAAGACACACAAACACAAAAGAGGGAAGUAGGCAAAGCAGCAUUUUUUUUCCUUUUAAUUUGAAGCAACUACAGAGUAUGUUUCUCUGCAGUUUCCUAGGCACAGGGGAGGCAGCGGAGGAGGUGGGGAGCUACUUUAAAAUGUUUUUUUUUGUAAUAUUAUUUUUUAUUAGUUUUCAAAUUUUAACAAAUCCAUCCAAAUUAUUUAAAUUUAAUAUUUUUUUCAAAAAAUAAUUAGGUUUCCGGCUCCUGUUGCAAGCAUAUGUCCAAUACAUUCCUGAUGUUACUGCUUCAUUCUUCUUUAAUCACCUUCUCAACCUUCUAGUAGUUUUAAUCCAUUUUCAUAGCCAGCAGAUUUUGUUACCUUGCAAUCAGCGCCAUUGUUUUUUCCAAAACAUGCGUAGUCCUUCCAGCUUUCUGAUCUUGAACCUGGUGUGUAAAGAGGAUUCAUUGCUAUCACCCUUUGUCCAUUCACAUUCCUCUGCUCUGGUCUUACUGGGCUCUAAAUAAAUCCCCAACAGAUGGCUGCUCUUUAGCCCCCAGUUAGAGAACAAAGUCACAUAAACUCCUGCUAGAUAUAAUUAGCAGUCCUUCAUUUUAUCAAAUUAGUCUCUUGUCCACUCCAGUCCAAAGAUAAUUUCAAUAUUGUCUAUUUCAACCUCGGUUGGAAGGAGAAGGUACUUAUACCCAAGUAUAAGCCGACUCGAAUAUAAGCCAAGGCACCUAAUUUCACCACAGAAAACUGGGAAAAUUUAUUGACUCAAGCAUAAGCCGGUUCAGCACACCACAUACCUCCUGGUGGGCCGGAGUGCGUGUGUGCAUGCGUGCAGGCGCACACGGCAGAGGGGGCUUCUCUCUCCCCCAGCCCCUCCCGUCCCCCUGCCCAUCUAGGGUGCUGCUGAGAGGCAGAGGCUGGUGGCGGCAGCAGCAGAGGAAGAACAAGGCUGCUCGUUCCUCCUCCGCCACCACCAACAGCGGCAAAGGCGGUGGAGGAGGAAGGAGCAGCCCGAAAGGACCCUCACUUAAAUAUAAGCCAAGGGGGGCUUUUUCAGCAAAAAAAAUGUGCUGGGAGAGUCGGCUUAUACUCGAGUAUAUACGGUAUAUAAAAUCAUUGUGAAACUCUUUGUAGAGCAUAAAUCAGUGUUUCCCCUUUCUUCCCUCAGUAUCAGACAGAACAACAUAGUGACUGCACACGAUUCUUUCCUUUUUGCAGGGGAGGUCAAGAAAGAAAAAGACCCUUUAGGAAUCAUCAUAACAGACAUUGCCUUGCCUUCCACUCCCGUUCUGGUGGCUGCAAGGAUUUUCGUGCUUGUAAAAAGUCACUCAACCACCUUCACAGCUCAAGUCCAGUCCUUUUGGCAGCUGAUUAAUUGCAGCCCAUUAUCAUAUGCCGUUUCAGGAGCGCCCCUUAAUUAAAGCCCAUGUUCCAACUUCUUGAGGGAACUGAGCAUAGCUCAUGCCGGAGGCGGAGGUUCGUCCAUGGCAGGGACACCCCAGGUCGCACCCGUUCUGCCUUUCAAGCUGGCAGGUACCAGGCUUAAGCGGCACCGCGGGAUGCCGUGCGUCCCCAGAAGCCCCUGAGGAGCAUUGCCAGGAAUUUUACCUCCAUUUCACUGGCUUCCCCCUGCCCAGACAGCUGCACUGUCCCGGAGGGCAGCAGAGCUUGACUGCCAGGGCCAUGAUGUCAGGCCAGAAACCUACUUUAAAGUUAAUAGGAACUGCCGCCUGCCAGUAGAGAGAGGCUGGGUAAAUUUUUUUAUUAAAAAAACCAAUGUAUUCUGCUCCUUCACAAAAACGUGUGCGCACAAACACAGGGGUGGGGAGGGAGGGAGACACAGGCGGACAAUUGCUCACCCACAAUCAACAAGCCCAGCAGGGGAAAGGGGGAAGUAGCUCUUAUGUUAGAGCAGCGUCUUUUUCCUUUUCGCCUCUCGGCCUUUUGGCUAAGAUCAUGUGUAGGAUCUGUUCUUAUCAGUUUAAUAUGUGAUAUGUUGAGGACUAUAUAUUAAAUGGAAUUUUGGAGCUAGGGAAGUUUUUUAAUGACUGAUGUUUUAAUGUAUUUUUAAUCUCCUGUUGGCUGGGGAAACCCAGACAGAUGGGUGGGGUGUAAGUAAUAUUAUUAUUAUUAUUAUUAUUAUUAUUAUUAUUAUUACCCCAGUUGAUAUUUUUAUGUGAGAACAGGAGGAGAAAGGGGGCUCCAGGUACCAGAAGCCAUGCUUCUCCCAAAGCCACCUCCCAGCCUGGUGCCUGCCUUUCAGCAAGAGCCUGGCGUCUCUGAGAGAGGGAGCUUCCCGCUUGCAGGCUGCUCCGCUCCGCCUGUCAGGAGACAGAGCCCUCGGGAAGAGUUAGGCUGCGCACGCACACACAACACAGUGGUACCUCGCUUUAAGAACAGUCCAGUUUACAAACUAUUCGGUAUAAAACCAAAAGUCGUGUCCCAGUUUGCGAACUUUACCUCAGUCUACGAACGGAAUCCAAACGGUGGAAGGGCACCAGUAGCGGGAGGCCUCAUUAGGGAAAGCGCACCCCCGUUUAAGAACGGACUUCCGGAACGGAUUAAGUUUGUAAUCUGAGGUGCCGCUGUAUCUCCAAGGACGAUUUGUGUCUGAGGAGGCAGGCAAGGGAGACAGAGAACUAAGGCAGAGAAUUACCCUGCAGCGCGCACACGAUUUCUCAAAGUGCGAUUUUUGCACAGAAGAGCAGCUGAGGCAGAGUUCACAAAGUGCAACAGCUGCACAGGACAAGAAGAAGCAUCGGCUGCCCAAUUUUUGCAACAAAAUGCUUUUUGACUGUCACACACAAGCACACACACGAUUCACAAUAGAUUGCCAGGUUAUUUUUUAAAAAAUUGUUAUCACAAUUUGCUCUUAAUAUAAGACAAUAUGUUGAUAUGUUGAUAUGUUGAUAUGUUGAUAUAGGCCCAGCCCUACUGUGUAGGAAGGAGAGGGGCAAGUCAUCCUCUUCUGCCAUGUCUCACCGAACAGAUUCUAACAUUCGCAUCACCACAUGAAGGCUCCUGGAAGCACUUCUCCAGGCCUUUGCUGUGUCAAGAGCAGUGCUGCAGUCCAUGCUUCUUCUGUUGAGGACGGAGAUCCUUUUCCCGCUCUCCUGUCCCGGGGCUGGUGAGAGGCCCACAGGCUGCUCAUGGAGGAACUCUGCCACAAGCCACGGACUGCGUAGUGUUGGGGUUCCUACCCAGCUAUUUCAAAGCCAGUUUUCUUCUUCACGUUUAUCAAAAGAUUUAUUCCCCUGAGACCGUUCCCUGUCUAUUUUUUGCUUGGUAUUAAGUUGGCACUUGGGCUCAAAGUGACUCAGAUGGUUUCCUCCCCCAGGGUGUGCAGAUCUCCAGAGUCUUGACACAAUGCAGCCCAUGGAAAGGAAGAGGCAGGGCUACAUACAUGAGCUGAUCCAGACCGAAGAAAAAUACAUGGAAGACCUUCAGCUUGUCUUAGAGGUGAGAUUUGCCUGAACACAAAAGGUAGUGAUAAAAGUAUUGCCUUGAAUCCCUUAUUAAAGGUAAAGGUAAAGGACCCCUGACAGUUAAGUCCAGUUGCAGACGACUCUGGGGUUGCAGCGCUCAUCUCGCUUUACAGGCUGAGGGAGCUGGUGUUUGUCCGCAGUCAGUUUUUCUGGGUCAUGUGGCCAGCAUGACUAAGCCACUUCUGGUGAACCAGAGCAGUGCACGGAAAUGCCGUUUACCUUCCCGCCGGAGUGGUACCUGUUCAUCUAUUUGCACUUUUUGGUGUGCUUUCGAACUGCUAGGUUGGCAGGAGCAAGGACCGAGCAAUGGGAGCUCACCCCGUCGCGGGGAUUCGAACCACCGACCAUCUGAUUGGCAAGCCCAAGAGGCUCAGUGGUUUAGACCUUGAAUCCCUUAUUAGAAGACUAUUAAGACCUUUUUUCUCAAAUGAAAGCUGUGCAAAAGCUUUACACAAGUUCACAGACUGCACCUUCCUACAACAGGCCUUCAGCUGCAGUUUUUGUUUCUAUUUCCCCUGAUGCUCAAAGAAUGUUGGGCAGUCCCUGAGACAGGAUCUCAAUUCAGGGAUCCAUCACAAGAAAAGUACCAUUGGGACUCAUUGCCACUGCUUAAUAUAUGUUGGCAACAUGAGUUACUAGGAUCUUUAGAUAUCUUGUGGUCUCUAAGGAGAUCACCCAUAGCAGACUUGAUCUGUGGAAACCUUUUGAUCCUGCUCUUAUUUUCUGAUCGCCUCAAUUAGCCUAAGUGUUUUGGAAGAAAUAUCCGGCAGCAAAGAAGCAAUAAUGUUAAGAACAAAGGAAAACUGAAGUUUUGUGACUAAUGUGAGUUAUCAAACAGUUCUUAAUUUGAGAGGGGAACAUUAUGCUGUAUUUAAAAUUCAUUUUCCCUCCUUGUAUCUUUCUGAAUGUAGGUUUUCCAGAAACAAAUGACUGAAGCAGGCUGUCUUUCAGAAGCAGAAAUGGGAUUAAUUUUUGUUAAUUGGAAGGAGCUCAUCAUGUCUAAUACAAAGUUACUGAAGUAAGUGCUACUACUCCUUAAUUAAUUUUUGUGGUUUUAGCUGUUUCAGUCCACAUAAACAAGAAAUAACCAUCAAGGCUACAGUCUACACCCACUUACACGGGAAUAAGCAUUACUGAACUCAAUGGGACUUACGUCUGUGUAGACAUGUAUAGCACUGUGGCCUUGAUAUUUUUUUCUUAGAACCAUUCAGAAGGACUAGGGAGAUUGACAAAUAUGUUGCCUGCACUGUCCUCUAUGGGGUCUCAGAAGCAUUUUCCAGCCCUGCGACUUGAGAAGUCAAAGGUGCUGGGGAUUGAACCUGGGACCCCGGCACGUAAAACAUGUCUUCUACAAUUGAGCCGAAAGAAAAGUGCUCUCUGGAGACAUCAAAAGUAUUUCGGACCUCUCAGAAGCAUCUUAGCUGUAAUUUUUAAUGUUUUCUCUGAAAAAAAUGAAAGUGUCUCUGCUCCUCAGUUUUAUGCAAGUGUUUCUGUUUGGAAGCUUUUUGUUCAAUUUGUAGUCUUAAUGUGAUGUGAUUUCAAAUUCACUAAAUGCAACCUUGAUUGAGAAGAGUAAAAAGCAUCCCUGAAGAAACGAAGUACCAGAAGCAAAUAAAUUAAGCACAUGUGCAUUGCAUUGAAUCCCCGUGACGGGGUGAGCUCCCCUUGCUCGGUCCCUGCUCCUGCCAACCUAGCAGUUCGAAAGCACGCCAAAAAGUGCAAGUAGAUAAAUAGGUACUGCUCCUGUGGGAAGGUAAACGGCAUUUCCGUGCGCUGCUCUGGUUCACCAGAAGUGGCUUAGUCAUGCUGGCCUGUUGUGGUUCUGGACUAUCAGGAGUUAACACUCCAGGAGCAUUCUUAUUAACUGGGUGCGCUGCCCACAGGAUCCGUGGUUGUUUUCCUUUGAUCUGUGCUCUGUGGGGGCUGAGCUCUCUCUGGAGAGCAGUCUGUCUGAGAGCGUUAGCAAGGUCGUUUCGGUUUUUGUUAAGAGGCAGAAAGCUGCGAACAUGCAGCUAGAUUCUGUAGGUUUUUCUUUUCUGUUUUGAAUGCUUCUAAAUAAAGAGUUUUAGAUUAGAAGCACUGGUGUAGAGCUGAGUUAUUGAGGACACCACGUCGACACAGACAAGCCAUUUUAUGCUGCGUGUGAACUCUGCUAUUAUCCGGCAACUGGAGAGAGUGGCAGCGCGUAGAGUGGAAGCGUGUGGGCGCCAUUGGAAGUUUGUCGGAGUGGCAAUAAAUCAAAUUUAUUGCAGGGCCAUUGCAGCAGACUCAGUGGGUCAAAAGAUAUACGACCCAACAAAUUUAACAUGGCCACAUGACCCGGAAGCUGUACGCCGGCUCCCUCGGCCAGUAAAGCGAGAUGAGUGCCGCAACCCUAGAGUCAUCCACGACUGGACCUAACGGUCAGGGGUCCCUUUACCUUUACCUUUACCUUGCAGGAAAAGCAGAAAUCUGGGCUUUUGAAAAGGCCUUUUUAAAAUGCUUGUUUACACUGUGACAGUGGAUUGUCUUGCUAGGUGUAUAAGUCUAUAAAUGCCACAACCAAAUAGGAAUUGGGUUAGCAGUUCCUGUGUUCUUGGAUAUGUCCAGCCUUCCUUUGAUGGUUCAUUGUCAGACAGUAAUUUCGGUCGUGACCAUGUGAUCUCCAGGUUCUGAAUGAGCUCCUGGGUGAGAUAGCAAGAUCCACUUGCUUCAUAUUCUCAACAGAGUUGACCCUGCCACAUGGGAUCUCUGUGUGACAGUAACUGGGGAGCCCCUCCUUAGCUUGUUCCUGCUGAAAGCUCCGGAUUCAAACUGCUUCCCUGUCGUUUUAUUUUCUUCCAGAGCCCUGCGUGUGCGUAAGAAGAUGGGGGGUGAAAAAAUGCCUGUGCAGAUGAUUGGUGACAUUCUGGCUGCUGAACUGUCUCAAAUGCAAGCCUAUAUCCGGUUUUGCAGCUGCCAGCUUAACGGUGCUGCCCUGCUGCAGCAGAAAACGGAUGAAGAACCAGAGUUCAAAGAAUUUAUGAAAGUACAGUAUACUACGCAGUAGCUUCCUAAUUCAAUCGUGUCUCUUUUCUCUCCAUGAGGGUGUGGCAGAUGUAACACGAGCUCUCCAGUCGCCACAUCUACCAAAUCAGGGGUUAACCUUGGGAACGGGCUCUUCCUCCCCACAAACAUUUCCUUUGUACAGUAUAUCACACCAGUAUCUGCCCAGGCGUUUAGGUAAAAGUGCCCCUUGGCUGCAUGCUCACUUGACUCUCAGCCAGUUUCUCUGCCACGCUGUCAAACCUCAACUCUCCUUGUUCUGUGAAUAGGUCUGACUGUGGCUGCAAGGAGUCUCCACAAAUGGAAAGGCUCCUUGGGAGGAGUGGGGAUCUUGCAGAAUCUCCCACUGGAGUACAAAGGAGAGCAGAUCUCCCCUUCCCCCACAGCCCCCUGUCCCUCAUGCUGUACCAGAGAGGUCACCAACCCUGCAGAGCAGAUUUUUGAGGGAGGAAGGGGGAUCAGGAGAAAAUGCUGCCCCCUCCAUGGGUGGAAAGACCUCUUUACUAGAACCUCACUCAUGUAAGGGUUUUGCUUCCCUUGGGAAAUGCUGCCGUGAAUGGAGCCUUGUUUUGGCUCUGCAGCAGAGGUUUUCCUUUUUCUAACGGAGCAGCCUGAGAUAGGUCACACGCUCCCCCUUAAUAUUCUCCAUCCAGACAACAGACACCCAAGGGGCUGCUCUUUUGUAAAAGAUAACAAACUGAAGCUUGUACAACUGUUUGCACAUUUUAAAGCCCUCUGUCAAUGUUGAUCAGUAGCAAUAAUGCAGUCUCUCAAAAAUACUGGUUUACCUUGUAGAAAUUGGCUUCGGAUCCUCGCUGUAAAGGAAUGCCACUCUCCAGCUUCCUGCUGAAACCUAUGCAAAGAAUCACUCGCUACCCUCUUCUCAUAAAGAGUGUGAGUAUCAGCAUAAUUGUUCUCUGAAGGACUGAGGGAGGGGUCCUUUGGGAGGAAGGGUGGGAUAGAAAUUAAAUGAACUAACUUGAUUGACAGUAUUGUGUGAGAACAAGCAGAGGACUGCACGUGUAUUUAUUAAAAAAGAUCAGGAAACUUCUCAUAUUUGUGUGGAUAACACCUCAGUUGGAUCCCCAUAAGGGACAGCUGCAUAUUCCUGCCUUUCAGGGGAUUGGACUGGUUGAUCCUCAGGGUCCCUUCCAACUCUGUGAUUCUAUAGCUCUCUCCGCCCCCCCCCCCCACCCCCAUUUAACUGAUACUGCAAUUUUCUUUGUCUGAUUUUUCCAACCAGAUUCUGGAAAAUUCCCCUGAAACUCACCCAGAUCACAGUAAUCUGAAGCUGGCUCUUGAGCGUGCUGAGGAGCUGUGUUCCCAGGUGAAUGAGGGAGUGCGAGAAAAGGAGAAUUCAGACAGGCUUGAAUGGAUCCAGUCCCACGUUCAGUGUGAGGGCCUUGCUGAGGUAACUGUCUGGGGUGGGAAGGACUGGAUAAAAAGGAGGAAAUAGGUGCUGGGAAUGCAUUAUUAUGGGUUCUUGAUAGAAGUGGCCCUGUUGAUGGCAGUUCAACAGGUAUAGACCAACAGCGUACAUUAAGGGUAGCAAAAUGGCUUUGGUUUUGAGUAGAAUUUUCUCUCUGAUAUUGAAAAGUCAUUGUAUUGCUGCUUUGGUUUUCUCUUCCUUUUAGCAACUGAUUUUUAACUCCCUGACCAAUUGCUUGGGACCAAGGAAGCUUUUGCACAGUGGCAAACUCUAUAAGACAAAAAGCAACAAAGAACUAUAUGGAUUCCUCUUCAGUGACUUCCUGCUUCUCACCUACAUGGUCAAGCAGUUUGUAUCUACAGGGUCAGAUAAAUUGUUCAACCCAAAAUCAAAUACUCAGUUCAAAAUUUACAAAACGGUGAGUAAAUUAAAGCAUCUUAAUUGUGCAUUUGGAAAGGGAAGGAGCGGGAUGUUUUCUUUUAAUAGAAAUAAUAACCUCUUUACUAUUUAAUAGACUUCCUUGAUCUACUAGGAUGCUGAAGUUAACUGUAUAAUUUCAAUCUCCUAUCAGUACUAAUUUUGAAUGUUUACACUACUGUCAGUAGGGACAGAUCUUCUAUAAUUAGUGAGUGAAGGACUUUCUUUGGAUUUAAAAAAAAGCAUCUUAGCAUUGGUUAGACAAAAUCUUGGCUUUUCUCCUGAAAAAUGGAAAUUGCCACUGCCUCCUACAUAGCUCAUGUAGGAAAUAUCCUUUAGAUAGUGCAUCUCAAUUUGUAUUAAUUUAAUCAACAGCCCUUGUAUGGGCUGGUUCAUUUAUGCAAGUCCAUCAUGCCAAUGAGUGGUAAAUGCGACUAAAAGUAUGGCAAGGACUUACAGUGGAAAAUAGAGUGUUUGCCUGCUAAAUACCACUUAAUCAACUAAUUGGUUGGGGAAAUCAGAUGAACUUUUAAUCAACUAAAAAGGUGCCCUGGGUUUGUUCUUAAAAAAACAAGUAACCAGAAUUUAUAAAAAACUGCAGAUGGUGAGUGAGCACCAUAAUCUGUGUGUUAUAAAGAGGCAUCCCAAUUCUCUCUCUCAUAUGAGGGUUUCCCUUUUCUAUGAUGAUGCCUAUGAUGAAACAUGCAUACAUCCUCUGGAAGCAAAAUAUGAUUCUUGUGUCAAAAUAUUUUACCAGUAUGUGAAUGCAUACAAAUUUAAUCAACAUAGAAUCAAUUAAUCUUAUGAACUGUAGUUCACUAAUUGAUCAGGUUGUAUCCCUAUGGGAGUUUCUCAGGGAAGUUCCAUAGACAUGAGUCUUCUCUUCCCAGCAGGAGAAAGUUUAUUUUCUAUUGCAGAAAUGUGUUACAUCAGAAUUUGCACCAAAUAGUUGUUUUAGUAGUUCAGUAUCCAGUGCUGGUCUCAAAGUAAGGAGAUGAAGAUUGGACAAAAUUAUAAUGGAGAAAGGUUUUGCUGUCACCCAGGACUACACCUUUCUGUGUUGUGUCCAUCCGCUCAUUUUCCUUGUUAGCCAAGGGAUUUCCUUUUCCCUGCACAAUUCUGAGGGCGAAGGCAGACUUACUGAUAGAUGAUCAAUUUUUGCAUCUUAUCAUUUGAUAAACUAUCUGUAUUACCCUGUCCACCAAGGGAUAUACAGUAUCUUCUCCUCUUGAUUGUUCUGAUUGGGUGUGGUAAAAAAAUCCAAACCAAUAGGCUGGACAACCAGAUUGCCAACUGAAGAUGAUAUUCACCCUCUGUGUAUGCCCAGCCCCAUAGGAAAUAAGUUCCCUUAAAGAUCUGGGGCCUCUUCCCCAGUGUAGCAGGGGGCUCUCUCUCAUAGUGGUCUUAGCUGCAGUGGUCGCUUCGGACACAAUUUAAUUAUAAUUUCUUUUCUGCCUGUCCAAGUGUUUUUUUUAAACUACCUUUGUGUUUCUUUCAGCCUGUUUUUCUUAAUGAAGUCCUGGUGAAACUGCCAACUGACCCUUCCAGUGAAGAGCCAGUUUUCCACAUCUCCCACAUUGAUAGAGUAUACACACUAAAAACAGACAACAUCAAUGAAAGGUGAGCUCAGAGAAAGUUCAUCUCGCUUUGUUUUUGUGGUUCUUAUUUUUGUAAAAAAUUAAAAUAAAAUAAUACUCACUUUCGCAGAACUGCCUGGGUCCAGAAAAUUAAAGGAGCAUCAGAACAUUAUAUUGAAACGGAAAAGAAGAAACAUGAAAAGGCUUACCAAGGUGCUGAACGUUGGUUGAUGGGAACUUGAAGGAACAGGCUGUACCACAGACACCGCUGGAUUCUGGUGUGAAUGCAAGCCCGCUUCCUGGGCUUCUUGGGGACAUCUCCUGGCCUGAAUCGAAAUGCCACAUAUUCCUAUUCCCACAUCACAUUUUCAGGCUUCUUGACACGUGGGCACAUUCCUAAAAUAAGCCUCUGGCUUUACAAGUGGCAUGAAGGGGUUUUGAGUUGCAAGACAGUUGUGCUGUGGAAAGGAUUCUGUUUACACAAUGAAGGAAUGUUGGUGAAACUGAACAUGGAAAGUUUGUAUUUCAUGUGUCUACACUUCUACCUUGCCCAGGCAAAUUUAUACAAAUUACAGGUGGAUCCUGCUUCCUCCAGGAUAGUUUCUAAACUUAAUGAGAUUUCAAAGCAACUAGUUGGCAUGUGUGCUUAAUGCAGACAGAUACCACAAGUUGGCUGCAGUAAUCCAGCUUCUGCGCAAACAUGCCAAUUUAGGUGCCUUGUGUUUUGUUCCAUAUGUUGCUCAGCCAGCUUUCUUUUUCUGUCCAAGCAAUUUACUGGUGGUAAAUUUGUUUUGUUUUUCAGCUCGGUCACAGAAGAGUUCAGGAAUAGGACGUUUGAUGGUGCAUGUGAUUGAAGCAACUGAAUUAAAAGCGUGCAAACCUAAUGGUAAUAAUUUAGGGGCGGAUGUUUGUCUUUGGUGAUAUAAUAUCAAGUUCAGCAAACUAAUAUGUAGAGAGUCUAGUGUUACAAAUAAGUAGUUGCCAAGCAAUUUUCUGGAACUGAAAAACCUGUGUAUUUAUAUAGUAAGAGAAAUAUGAAAAAAAUAGAAUUGCAAACAACCUGAGCCUAGAAUCAGAGCAGGGACUGGUUUUAAUGGUGCAAUUGGAGCAACGGCCUCAGGGCUCACGCCAACAGGGCGCCCACACUUGGAACUUUGAGUUUUGUUUUGCUUUUUAAGUCUCUAGCCCUUCUCAAAGGUAAGUUAUGAAGCUUAAUUUGCAGGCAACAUUCCAAGCAAUUUAUGUGCAAGGAAUCAGACUGACAUGUCAGACUUCUUUUUUUUAAAAAAAUCAAGUAAGCCAAAACUCUGCAAUAAAAAUAAGAGAGGUACAAAUACAAAAAACAGAAGCAGCCAAGUAUCUCUGGAAGAAACUUAAAUCGAGUAAGUAGAGUACUUGAGACCAUUCUUUUCAAAGUCUGGAUUUCAGAAGUAUGAGGCAUGGUGCUUAUGGACAAAUAAACCAUUUCACAAAAGGAAUAUUGAUUUUUUUGGGAGGGUGGUGGGUAGAUUCACACCUUCUAUAUGAUAUGGUAUCCAUUUAUUGACUUUGUUACAGCAACUGAACAUGGUUUUCACCCACCCAAUUCAUGGAACCUUAUGGAGGGACACUUUGAUUGAAUUGCCUUUGAGGGGCUGUCUAAAACUACAACCAUCAGCCACCAUUUUUCUUUCUUUUGUGUACAACUACAAAGCUCUGCUUUCCUGUUGUGGAUAAGUUUUGUUACUUGAAAUUAAAAAUCUUUUUUUUUCCAAAAAAAAAAAAGAUUUUAUGCCUAUGAUAUGAGCAGUAAAUCCCUUUUCCCAGCCAUUUAACACCUCCUCCUGUAUCUUCAUGACAGCUGCAUGAAGUAGGUUAGGCUGAGAGUUGAUGCCUGGCCCAAGGCAGGAAGUGAACAAAAACAAUGUGAGUUUUAAAUGUGAAUAUGAGCAUGUUCAGAGUAUUUUCUUUUUGCUAUCCUAUCAAGUUUGGUAAAAUGUUGUUGUGUUUUGCCUUGAGAGUUGUAAAAUUGCACAUGCUCCAACUAUUUUAUUUUUAUUUUUUGUAGUCAGACAAAGUUUAUGCCAUAAUAAAUUUGAUAGCCUUUUAAAACCCUACAGGAUUUAGUCUGUGGCACCUUAUUUCAGGAAUGCUUUUUAGGGACCUGGCUUGAGAACUGCACCAGGGCUUCCAACCGCUUUAAUCCAACCUUGAAUCCAAUCAGAGCAAUUUAAACACAAUUUUUUUUUUACCCUCUUAUGAAAAUAGUGUCCUUAACUCUGCUCCGAUUUACCUACAUUAUUCUUUUUAAAGGUUAAUGUGUACACUUCUGUUUUAUGUUAAGGGAAGAGCAACCCAUACUGUGAAAUCAGCCUGGGGUCUCAAAGCUACACAACAAGAGCACUGCCAGACACUUUGAACCCAAAAUGGAACUUUAACUGCCAAUUCUUCAUCAAGGAUCUAUAUCAAGAUGUUCUGUGUCUCACCAUGUUUGACAGGGAUCAGUUCUCACCCGAUGGUAGGUGCUGCAUUUUGUCUGUGAGAGAGAUCAUUCUUUGUCCCUUGUUAAUGACUAGGAGCUGGUAUGGCAUGGGCUGGAGCUUAAGCACAAACGUAUCAGUUCUGACUACCCAGUGGCCCCAUUUAGGCUGUUUGUUGUGUACUCUACACCUAAAUAGAGCUAUUUGGGAAAGAAGAGGGGUGCUCACUGCCAAGUCCAUCUGUACCAUUUGUUUGUUGCUCUGGUGCAUUAUAAAUACACCCCAUUUUCAACAAACGGAUCUUUAUUCCCUGACUCUGACCAUGUUUGUUUACUGUGUCCCAGGCAAGAAGGAUCCCAUCAUCAACUGUGUUGAGGUUCUUUUCCCACUUAUGACAAAUUACCUGCCCCACUUCUGUUUGCUCCUCCUUCCAGUUCAUUUUUGGGGGUUCCCAUUUUUGUUGCAUUUUGUCUGUUAGGGAACUAAAGAUGAACAAAUGCAUUGCCAAGAGAUGUUUGAUACUGUAUUUGAAGAAGCAGCCUGCUUUAAACACGUUUCAUAUGUCAGUUUCUAGACUGAAUCCUCAACUGUAUUCUAUUUCAUGUCAGGGGGAAAGCGCUUUUCACCCUGAACCUGCUCUGAGAACGCAUUCUAGGGCAGCCAUCUGAACAUGCUAUUAUGCUUCUCCAUUCCUUAUCGCAUGUGACUCAGACUUCAUUUCCUCCUCAUUUAGCCACUUCACACUUACUUCUGAGUAAAUGCAUAAUAUAAGCUUAAACUGUAGCUCUCUUUGAGUUUACUCUCAAAUUAGUGUGCAUUGGAUUGCAGCCUUCAUUAUUUAACACAGAUUUGAGUAUGUUUUAUGUGUUGUUGUUAAACAGAUUUUUUGGGCCGCACUGAAGUUCCAGUAGCCAAAAUCAGAACAGAGCAAGAAAACAAGGGACCUACAACUAAACAUUUACUGCUGCAUGAGGUACCAACAGGGGAAGUUUGGGUACGCUUUGAUUUGCAGUUAUUUGACCAGAAAACACUCCUCUGAAAAGGUGUUUUUUGUAAUAUUAGGAACUACAGACUGCUGAACUGCUGCCAUUUGAAUGGAGUGUUUUGCAAAUAAUCCUUCCUUACAGGCAGGUACCUGAGAGCAAUGUGUGCUGCAAAAUCACUUUACUUGGUCACUUGUACAUCAUUUCUCUGUGGGGGUUGCUUACGUUUGUGACAAUCUAUGCAAUGUAAAAUGUACUGUAUAUAGAGAUCCUGUAGCAGUGCCUUUCUUUAGAAUACGGAAAUUUUUGAAUGCUGAUGCCAAUGUAUCUUUUCAAUGUAAUUUUCACAGCUCUUUAAAGUAUUAAUUGGGAAUGUGGCAUUAAAAUGUUUAAAGUGUAGCCACUUGGAUUAGUGUGUGUGUGUGUGUGUGUGUGUGUGUGUAUGCACAUGUCACUCACAUACAUGCUGAGGGAAUGAUUUCAUUCAGGGCUAGAAUAAUUGAAUCUCACGCCUGAAAAAUGUAAUCUGCUUGAACCUCAUCUCAGGAUAUUAAUUGCAGGAAAUAUAUGCUGAAGUCUUAGCACUUCGCAAUCCUUUAAAUACUGUAUAUCAUUAAUAGGAAGUUUAUUUAUUGAUUAGGAAAUUUCAAGAAUUUCUUCAGUUCUGUUUAGCAUUUUAUAACCAGAUUUUGGUUAUAAGGAAAAACUAGAAAAUUUUCCUUUUAAAAUACUGGUUGAUAAUCAUGAAUACGUUUCAUGUGAUUUGUUUAAUAUAUUUAUGUAAAUAAAUACUUGGGUUUCCUGGAAGAUGCCCGUAAAAUGUGCACCUUUAAGCUUCGCCAAUGGGCCCAAGGCAGUGAAGGUUACAUCACCCUUGGAUCGGCAUAGAGAAUAAAAUGAGCUUAUUAAAAUGAUUCGUCUAGAUUCAAAUGGAGGCAUACUGAUUUUAAAAAGCAUAUUUUAUUGUACCUCUGAAUGUGAAAAACACAGGAACUACAUUCAAGAAAAUAUAAACAAAAUGUAAAUCAUACUUGUUACGGGUACUGCUCAUAGGAUACAAUGGAAUUAUAUAUUCAGCAAGACAGAUCGUCCUCUUGGACGCGAAGAGGCAAAAGUGCCCACUGGAUCGUUCUCCUGUGCAAAAGACCUGUAGCACAGCUGCACCUUGUAGAAGAAGUACAAAAAGGCUGGCAGCAGAAGUUGCCAGUUUCAGGCAUUGGACAAAUAGGCAGGACCUCUGCAUUUUUGACUCCUCUCUCUGCUAUUUAAGUACUGCUUUCAGUGCAAAGUUAGUGGAGUUGUAUCCUUUAGGUGCUAUAUUGCUUAACAAGUUUUAACAGAAUUGCAAACUUGACCUGAAUAAAAGUUUUCUGUGUUUAAUUAUUUCCAUUUUUAUCUUAUCUU